AUGGAAUCACCCCUAUACAGACCUACCCGGACCAUAUGGCGUUUAAAUGAACUACUCCUCUCCGACGUAACGACGCAGGCACAACUAGUGGAACAACUGAAUAACUACUUCACUGAAAAUGACACCGAAGAUACCUCCGCACUGACCCUGUGGGAGGUUCACAAAAGCGUCCUCAGGGGGCUACUUAUCCGGAUAUCAGCGCAGAAAAAGAGAGAAGCACAACGACAAAUGACGGCACUUGUAGAACAGAUAGCAACGCUGGAAACGCUGCACAAGAAGACCCAACAGGAGGCGCACUACUGCGCCCUUCUGACCCUCAGACGGCAACUGUCAGACCUGAUAGCCCGCAAACACCACAGGACAAUCCAGAGAUCAAAAGCCUUCUUCUACAUUCAUGCCAACAAGGGAGGAAGGCUACUAGCCCGCAUGUUGCGGAACCAACAAACAAGUGCACAGGUGAGCGCACUACGAACAACCCGGGGCACCACUACGCAAUUCCCCGAGGAGAUCGCGAACGAAUUCCGCACGUACUAUGAAGACUUGUACAACAUACCGCCCGAAACACCGGACGCAGAUGAGACCAGAACCGCAGGAGACAUCGCACGCUACCUCAGAGACUUCAACCCUGAAGCCCUGUCCCCACAGGAAGCAGACGCCCUAGACGCCCCGAUAUCUACAGAAGAGAUACUGGCAGUGAUAAAAACGACAAAGAAUGGGAAGGCGCCGGGCCCAGACGGGUUCUCGGCGGGCUAUUAUAAAAAGUUCAGAGACAUCCUAGCCCCACGCAUCGCCAACGCCUGCAACCACCUCCGAGACAGAGGUAAAUUCCACCGAGAAUCCCUAGCAGCCAUAAUCACAGUGAUUACCAAACCCGGCAAAAAUCUGGAAAUCUGUGGCAAUUACCGCCCCAUAUCACUAUUGAACGUGGAUGUGAAGAUCCUCUCCAAGGUGCUAGCUACGCGACUGCAACAAUUCCUGCCGAGACUAGUCCACCCAGACCAGACGGGGUUCAUCCCGGGACGAGAGGCCAGGGAUAGCACCCUGCGGGCAUUCACCAUACAAAGCCUGGUGCGUAAAGGAACCUCGGACUUCCUUAUGCUUUCCACGGACGCAGAAAAGGCGUUCGAUCGGGUGAGGUGGAGCUUCAUGAUGACAGCGCUGACGGCGAUGGGUCUGGGGAACGGCAUACUCACCUGGAUAACGGCACUAUACACCGACCCAACUGCCAGAGUACGGGUAAAUAGAGCACUCACAGCCAACUUUGACAUCAACAACGGAACCAGACAGGGAUGCCCGCUGUCUCCCCUCCUCUUCACCCUCACGUUAGAGCCAUUUCUAGACAAGAUCAGACGGACACCAGAGAUCCAGGGAUUCAGCCAGAAAGAUCAGACACAUAAGGUGGCCGCAUACGCGGACGAUAUGCUCUUUUUCGUGACGGAACCUCAGAACACACUGCCGGCUCUCCUACGGGAGUUCGAGCAAUACGGGCGGAUAUCAGGGCUUAAGCUAAAUCUGGCAAUACACACCGCGAGGAACACACAGGAGAGACUCCAACGCAAGUUCCCUUUCCACUGGUGCAAGGAGCAGAUGCGCUACCUAGGUAUUUGGCUCUGCCGUGACCCGGGCGAGACAUACGACAGGAACUACACACCCCUCCUUCGCAGCGUACUGACAGACCUGACGAGAUGGUCGUACGAUCACAUCUCUUGGCAAGGCCGAAUAGCGGUGGUGAAAAUGAACAACCUCCCCCGCCUUCUCUACUGCUUUAGCACCAUCCCCUGGCACCUACCACAGGACUUCUUCACCAAGCUCAAAACAGCGGUAACGAAGUAUGUCUGGAAGGAGGGGAGGCCACGGCUUAAACAUGACAGACUAUGCCUGCCAAAACCAUGGGGAGGCCUGGCCCUUCCGGACUUUCAGAGAUACUUCCACGCGACAGUGCUCCAGAGGAUUCGAGAAUGGCACACAGCCCCCACCAACAAACUAUGGAUGAGACUGGACAGGGAAAGCACAAACAGAGCACUCCACACAUACAUCUGGCACCGCCCGACAGGGGCUGCACAAGCUCUGGGUACGGAAUCCCCAGUGACGCAGACGCUGAAAACCUGGACCACCCUGCGAAGGAACGCACACAUCUCGCCACAGCCAAGCCCCCUGAUCCCCCUAUCAUAUAACGAAACCAUAGGAGGGGGACUGCACGCGAACGCGUGGCCAAUACACAGAGAAGAGGGCUAUGUACCCCUGAGCUCGGCCCUGACAAACACCAGCCUGCGCAGCCUUCAAGACUGGGCGGACACAGACCGCCUGAUGAUAAUGCACCGAUUUCAUUACGCACAGCUGAGGCACUUCUACCACAAUCUGCCCAAUAGGAGAGCAGUACACAGAGAAUGGACCUGGUUUGAACACUUCUGCAAGAGCUCUCCAGAGGCAGAUGGCAGAGUAUCGGGCAUAUAUCAACAACUGCUCACAGGGGAACUCUCCAGAAACAACGCCUUCCAGAGGCAGUGGGAGGAAUUGACAGAUAGAACCUUCACAGACGACCAAUGGGCGCAAAUUCUCAUAUUACAACACAAAAGCUCAAUAAGCACCAGGUACCAAGAGGUGAAGUACAAGCUGAUCUCCCAGUGGUAUAGAACACCAGCAAAACUGCACAGGAUAUUCCCGGGGGUCCCGGAUACCUGCUGGAGAUGCGAAACGCAGCCAGGCACCCUACGCCACAUUUGGUGGGACUGCCCUGGGAUCAAGCCAUUCUGGGAAGAGGUAAACCGGGAAAUCACUACAAUUCUGGGUGAUCCACCAGACUUUAGCAUAGAGGCCGCGCUCCUACACUUCUUCACAGGACAGCUGGCACAAUACAAACGCUCAAUCCUACGACACCUGCUUAAUGCAGCCAAAGCACUGAUCCCAGCGAGAUGGAAGCAAACCCAGCCACCUACCAAAACGGAAUGGCUACAGAGAAUAGAAGAGAUUCACACAGCUGAGGCGAGAUAUGCUGAGAUACUCGGGAGGAGGGACAAACACCUUGAAAUGUGGACGCCAUGGUACCUAUACACAUAACAAAUGAGGACACGGGGAUCCUAGCCAGCUAGAACAACACGCGCAUUUCAACACAAUUUCCCCCCCCCCCCCAGACCUGCCCUGACCGGCUAACUCAGGAGUCAGGAUAGACCCAUGCCACAACAUGGCUCUGCCCCAUACCUCCCGGCUCCCCCCCCUCAGACACCCCCACCCAACCCUAUCUCCCCCCUCUCCCCCUCCUUUUUUCCCGGGCGAGGCCAGGGACCGCCUGGCGCAACAUGGCCACAAAAUAUUAGAACCCGAGAAGGCACCACGGUUCCCCCAUGGGACGUGGGACCCGCGAGACAUCGCUUGAUAAAGUUGGGGGAUCCCACGACAAGGGAAACUCCUACAAUAAAUAAGCAAACAUAAGACAACACAAGACGACUGACACAACCGAACAUCGAGACACCACAUCACCCCCACCCAAAGGGGGAAAACACUCCAGACACACCACAGAUACCAAAAGUGGAUAGCGACUGGAGAACGACAACAAAUACCGCCCACUAGGUAGCAAGACGACAGAGGCAACUAAACACACCACUGAGCACCCCUUUAUAACGGCAUCGCCUCAUAAAUGAGGCAGAGAUGCGGACUCAGAACGAGAGGGUAGAUGACCCAGGAGAGAACCCACAACAUACCCAGGCACUACUGAAGUUAGGGAAAGGGCAGACAGAAGAGGGAGUUCCAGACCUGGUGCAAGACUACAGGACCCAGUCCCGCAAAACAAACCCCUGUCUCACUCCCCACGUUAGAAGACGUGACCUGGGACCUACCGCACUAUUAACCAUUUGGUUGGGGACCAACUAUAGAACCCAUCUGUCCUAAAUGUUAUGGGCCAGCAACCCUUCACCUACAAUAACGCUAUAUAAAGAUCCACCUGAUACCUGUGGUACCCAAGUAAGAUACAAUUAGAGACCUGCGAGUCUCACUGACAAUAUCCGCACUGUUUUCUGUUAUUAUCGGAACUGCUAAUAAAAGCUAUAUUUACAACAAAAAAAAAGAAAGGUAGGGAGCUGAUCUUUGUCGUUUGCAUGUCUUUUACUGUGUGUGUUCUGCAUUGUGGGCUGGUUUCCAUGCCAGCUCAUUUUGAUUUUUUUCUGACCUCAAGAACGGAUUAAUUGGUUUUCAAUGCAUUCCUAUGGGAAACCGCGUUUCGCUUUACAAAUUUUUCACAAUAAGAAACAUCCCGGAGAACGCAUUAAAUUCGUAAACCAAGGUCCCACUGUAUAGCCAAGCUAUAUUUAACUAUAGUGGGCAUGAGAAAUUAAUUCAGAUCAGCUAUUUUCUAUCUCAAACUUUCGAUUUAGAUUUUGAUUCCCCACAUUGUCAUUUAGUAGAUAAACCAUUCAUAUUUUACUCUGUGCUAUGUGGAAUGCCGAAAAUUACUGCAGCCAUAAAAUAAUAUUGUUCCUCUUUAAUAGAGCUACAUUUCUCUGUCAAAAAGUGUGUGCCAUUAAAUAUUGUUUUUAAACAUUCUGAGUUUUGUUCAUUAAAUAGGAAAUUGUAGACAAUUGGAAAAGGGAUUAUUUUUUUUUAUUUGUCAAAAUACUAAAAUUAGGAACAAAAUUAAUCUAGGUCUUCAUUAGAUAAUCUUGCCUACAUUUAUAAAUUACCUACUUAAGUUUUUCAUCAUUAGUAAAUCAACUCAUUUGUUUUCCCAAACACUUCAUCCAUUUUGUGAAACCUAGUUUUUGUGAGCUAGGACAGCUAGGACAUUUUGUAACUAAUGUGCUUUGGCCUUUCAUAAUCACACAUUAAAGAGUAAACAGGACAUGUGAAUAAAGCAUACAGUUUAUUUAACUUAUCACUGAGCUGUGAAAUGUGCUGCUGAGUAAAAUCAGGUAAAAGGAGCACACACACAGGAGAAAUGUAGCAUUUAAAAAUAAAUGUAGCUAAAGCUUUGUCUUUCUCCCACUGAGUUAGAGGUUAACCAGCAGCUUAGAUACUGUGUUGCAUACCACACUCCCUUUUUACAACAGCACACAGAGAGUGUCUGACUCAGCUCUGCAAUGAAGAGACACCAGGCAUCACAUUACACCAGCCCACUGUGUUUCAGAAUCUGCCAAGGUAGGUGAAAGACUUUAUGAAUAUGCAAAUCAGGAAGUUUAUAGAUGACAUGUUCAUGCAAAUCUCUAGUGAUUGACAGCUGAGCAGAUAAUAAUUAUUGUCUUUAGCAAAGUUAAAGAGGGUCUCAGAUAACAGUCUCCCUUCAAUCACUAAGGCUGUAAAUCGAGUUUUUAUAUAAUCCUUUUUAUGUUACUUUUUAAGGGGUGGGGGAGCAUUUUUUACCACUUCCUGAGGAUUAGAAGGGAGGGCAGUAGGCGGUUCCCAUGAAUUCCCUGUGAUGGCCAUUUUGUUUGAGGGCAGCAUGGUUUAUUUCUGCCAGUGAAUGCUACAGGAGACCUUCCAGCAAUCAUUUAUUGGGAGCACACACUUAUUUGGAUUUAUUGCAUCGAUAAAUGCCACAUCUCUUCUACAGAGGUAGGUAACCCCCUCUCCCCAUGUUUAUCAGCCUUCAUAACACAAUGUUUUUAAAAAAUAUACACAGCUAAGGUUCCUGAUACAUUGUUGCAUAUUUUUUUCGAACUUGCAAUUCUCAUGACAUUGUUUAAUUCUGAUUAAAAAUGUGGGGGAUUGUGAUUAAUAAUUUUUUUAAUUUUUUUUUUUAAAUAAAUCCUGAUCCCUUUAAACACUCAUGUAAACAGAACAGACUAUCCAGUUGCUUUAUAUCAUAUGAGGUUAGGUUGCAAUUGAUAUUGUGUAAAUAAUGUAGAAGGGUUUUUCUCAGUAGGUAGCACAGUUUGGAUUUGACAUAAAAGCUGGAUUGUGCUUCUAUGAUAUGAGUAUAAAAUGGCAUGCUGCCUUUUUUCCAAGCUGCAAAAGGGGGGGGAGAGUGAGAGAUGGGGGGGUGGGGGUUAGUGCACACUGGAGGGACACUGCCUUCUAUCCAAUCACCACCCUCCUGUUUGCCAUUGCAAAGUUGUUAACCCCCAGAGUCUUGUGGCUCCUUUCUCUUCUAAUCUUUUGGCUAUUUUUUGUUUUACCUCUUUCUUAACAAAAGCUUGAAGAUUGAGAAGGAAACCUUCCCUUUUGUCAAGCAAUAUGGAACAAAAUAGAAUGACUUGCUAUUUGAAGAUCUCUGGAAAGACAUCUGCUUUGUGGAUAUUAUUUGUUGGGGCAAAGAUCUGCGAUUUUUAUCCUUAUAAUUCGACUUUGUGGAUUCUCAUCCACCCUGCCUGCCUAGGAGGUGAGUUUAUCAUCUUGAAUAAAUACGGUCAAGUUCAUCUCAAAGUGAUAGAAAGUCCAAGACAGAUCAGUGUAAUAUCUUGUAAAAUUGAUUUUCCUUUUUUAUUUUAUUUUUCUCCUCAUUGCAUAUUUUCAUUGUGUAUAUUUUUAGAGUUAAAAUAUUUUAAACAUAAUAUCCACCUUUAAAAAAACAAAAAUAAAAACAUUUUGGGUUUAAAUAUUUUUUUUUUUUUUUUUUUAAAUGAUUUUAUCUGUUUUAUACAUAUAUUUAUAUCACACAAUAUACAAUGUAGAAAAAAAAUCUAUAAAUCUUUAAUUACAUAGUAUGUUCUUUAACUGCAUACAUAGAAAUACAGAUAAAUAUAUGUGCGGUUUUUAAUAUGAUUUAAUGUGUAUUUUUAUAUUUAGCUCUCAUGCCUAGACAAGGUGCCAAAAAAAACAGCAACUGUGUCUAACAAUAUUUCUUUCAGACAUAAAUUUUAUUAAAAUAAUCCGUGAUAAUAAAAUACAUAAUCUAAACAUCAUUCAUAGUUGUUUUGUUGCUGCUGUAGAUAUUUUGUUAACUAAUCCACAUCUUUGUUUAAGUAUGGUGAAAGACUACACCGCCACAAGAAGGCUUAUUAUAUUCUAAGUUCUGACUGGUACUAAAUGGUGGCUAUAUCAUUUCUUGUGAAGAUCAGGUCGCUAGAUGGUGAUUAACAGAGCUUGCAUGGCAAGGCUGGUUUGAUUUACAGUUAAAAACCUUUCUAUGCCUUUGAUCUGUUUCCUAAGGAACCUGAUCAGGGAGACAUUUUAGCAUUUUGAAUACCUUUUUUUUUUUUUGUAUAUUUUUUUUUUUUUGGUCAUAUUUUUUUUUUGCACACGGUGGGAGUUUUUUAUUUAUUUAUUUUUUAUACAUUGAUCUGUGUUGGUGGCGCUGUGCUGCUCUAAAACAAUUUAAUAUGUCAGUUUCAGUAAAAAGAAAAGGGUAGAGAGGUGGGGGCAAGACUUGAUCUGUGUAUUUUAUGUCGCCAUACGUGUGUGUGUGUGUGUGUGUGUGUGUGUGUGAGAAUACAGGUGCUAAGCAAAUAAUCAGUAGAAAAACAUUUAGAAAGAUUUUUAUUUAUUUUUUUUCUGCUAAAAUUUGUAACCUAAAACUGACAAAAAUCUGCAUUUAUUUUCAAACCAUAUGAGCAAUAAGAGUGCACAAAGGAGGCAGUCUUCCAUUUGCUUUCACUGAUAACUGGGUUCUUUAUAGUGUGUGGCUAUUUUUUUUUUGUUUUUUUUUGUUUGUUCCUUUUCGUUUCUUUUGCAAUAGUUUUGGCAGAUGAAAGAUAUUUUAUAUGAUUCUAAUAAUUUUAAUGUUUUUUAUUUGUUGUUCCCUUUAAGAUCUGCUGCAAUAUGUGUUGAUUUAGAGCAAUCUCCACCCUGAAAAGUUUUUUUUGAACAGAUGUGAUGUUAGCAAACUGCAUGAAAGAUGUAACACACACACUCGAAAACAAACAAGAUAAGACACAAUAAGUUGUGCACAUUAGUUGUGUAAUCAAAAUCUCUCUUCACAGCGCAACCUUGGAAAUUUAUAUAUAAAAUAAUAGAUUUGUAUCAAGCAUGACCCAGAUUCUCUGGUUGGUUUAUAGUCAUUUUAAUAAGGAUUUGUAUGCAUAUAUGUCUGUAGAUGUUUAUUAACACACAUUUACAAUGCAAAUAUUUGUUGUUGCAGUUAUUUUAUAUAAUAUUGUUUUGAAAUCCUGGCUAGUUCCCUUUUCUCUUUUUUUUUUUUUUUUUUUUGAGGCAAGAGAUCCGCCCCUCUUCAGUUGCACUUAUAAUGUAGAAUUAACACUUCCUUGUUGCUGAUGUCCAAUUUGGAUGGCGGUAAAAGCAAGACUGAGAGCACUGCACAGACUUCCCACUAACCACGGUCUAGGUAGGACAAAGCUGACACUGACCAGUCAAAAGCGUGAAUUACUCAUUCUCAAUACAAUCAAAGAGAUGAUGGUCUAUGAUUAAUAAGGAAAACCACAAGCCAAGUCCAGGCUUGUACAAAAAUACGGGUCAGACAUUUCACGGCAGAGACUCCUAUAGAAGGGGCGGGGCUAGAGAGGGAUCGUGUAAUGUCCUCACCAAUGACAAGCAUGCUCACUGAAAUGUGUGUGUGUUGGUUUGCUGUCCCACCAGCCAUGUGAUGAGCCCUGCUGAAGUGCUCUAGGGUGGGAAAAAUGUUUUUACACAGUGCAAGUGAAUUAAUAAGACACACUUGCGCUGCAUUUUCUAGUAACUUGUUCCUGGUCUCCUCAUAAGUGGAAUACCAGAGGACAAAAGCAGGACAGUGCUGGUAAAGGGUAUUGUGCAUGUGUGAGGAGGCUGCCUGUGCAUAAUUGAAGUGGUCUGGGUGCUGUGUCUCUUUUGCACUUAGUGCUGCAAUGUAAAACAAUGCAAUUCCAGAGAGCUGCAAGGUUUACACUACAGCUCUAAGUCUGCCCACAGUGGCUGUCUACCAGACAGCCUCUGUGGGCGCUUCCGGAAUUGUAGUGAACUUUUGGUCCUUUUAUCUGACGCUGGAAAACUCUGUUUUUUUCAGUGUUGCUGUGGUAACUGCAACAACGCUCUGUUUGGCCAAAGCUUUCCAUGCAGAUAUAUACAGUCUGCAUCUGGCAGAGGUGCAGACCAGAGGUUGCGGACUCUACCCCACUUUAGGACCCUCUACUGCAUUACAUAUCUCUGGGCCAUUGAGUGAGCUCUGUGAUAACCCACGAAGAGUCACAAAGUACUCUUUGGGUCGAUGGUGUCCUUUUGAUCUCCCUUUUUGCCCUUGGCCCACAACCAUCGUGGCUCACUUUGCAUUUUCCCAGUUUGCCCGAUGGCCAGUCCAGGCCUGCUUCAAGCACUGUAACCACUACAGCCCGUUUAAACAACUUACCUGGUUCCAUUGGGGAUCCACGCCAUGUCUGGAUUCUCCUGCAUGAAAAGCCAGAUUUCUCCCCUGAGCUAAGCAUGGCCCAAUACAUGGCCACGCUCAUUGGAGCUUAACAUAUUUACUAGGGUCCCAAGGGUUGCAGUUGCCCAUAGGACCCCAGAUGAAUUGUUAAACAGUUUGACUACUUCCUCUAAGAGGGCGCACCAGAGCAUGAUUGGCACCAUAACCACUACAGAAGGUUUUAGUUGUUGUGGUGCUUGGAGUGUUCCUUUUUAAAGCUGUUCUAUCACCUUCUGAGGUCUUAACAUAAUUUGCACAAACCCUCAAUGUGACUUUGCCACUUGGUGUCUGGGGUGCUGGGCAGGGUAAGUUUUACUUGCUUGAAUCUGACAUUCUCGGCCACCACAUUCUACACACAUCAGUGCUGUACUCCCUCUCAUACGGGAAAGUACAUCACUGAGGUCUAUGGAGGAUCCCGAGUGAAGUUCCAUAGAUGUCUUGUGAUGAAGUAACUCCGCCUUUUUGUCAAGUGGAGGAAAAAUACAUAAGGCAUAAUACAAAGUUCCUACUUUGUGUUAUGUGUUUUUAGGAGAAAAAGAUUGGAAAAAGAACAGAUUGAAGUGAGGAGGAGGAGAAGUGGAACAGAUUAGAAGCAAGGUAAGAAGAGGUCAGUUGUAGGCAACCUUCAGUACUCCAGAUGUGUUGGACUACAUCUCUCUUGAUGCUUUACCAGCUUUAUGGCUAUAGGGGAGAUGUAGUCCACAUCCAGAGUGUCAAAGGUUGCCAACACCUUUCUGUCAGAGCUGCUUUAAAGGGACACUGUAGGCACCCAGAGCACUUCUGCCCAUUGGAGUGGUCUGGGUGCAUACUCCCACUACUCUUAACCCUGCAAGUGUAAUUAUUGCAGUUUUUUAUAAACAGCAAUAAUUACCUUGCAGGGUCAACUCCUUCUCUAUUGGCUGUCUACUAGACAGCCACUAGAGGGCACUUCCUGCUCCAUAGCACAGGUUUUCUGUGCUAGAGUGUCUCUGGACGUCCUCACGCUGUGUGAGGACCCCCAGCAUCGCUCAAUUCCCCAAAUGCGCAUUAGGUCUCCUCAGCCGGCGGGCGGGUGGGAUCAGUCUCGCCAACCGGUUGAUAGGAGGAGGAGGAGCGGCGGUGAGCAGAAACCACCGCCGAGGGACAUUGGUGGGGGUUUCAGGUAAGUGACUGAAGGGGUUUUCACCCCUUCAGCAACCGGGGAUGGGGGUGGAGGGGGGUGGGAGAGGGGACCUGCAGUGCCAGGAAAACUGAUUGUUUUCCUGGCACUGGAGUGUCCCUUUAAGUUCAGAAUGAUGCAGGAAACUCAUUGGAUCUGGUAGGAGCUGUGUUUUACUACUUGGAAAUAAUGAAGCAUUUUUUGUAUUGACUACUUUAUGCAACUGCUCUUUGUUCAUCUCUUUUGAGUGCCUGGUUGGAGUAUACUUUACCUUCAUGUAUUUUUAAACUCUAUAUAGUAGGUCCCUCUGCACAGCUAGGGAUACCCCCAACCGAUAAGGAUGGUGAGACCUCAAUGCUGUAUUUUCACGCAUGUGCAAGAGUACAGCAGUGAUAACUGUGCCCACAAGGGACAGGUUCAGGUAAUAAAUCUCACCUUUAUCUUCGAUGAGGUGAUUAUGUUUCAGGGUUGCCAAUUAUACAGAACCUAGAGUCCUCAUCUCCCAUGAUCUCAUCUCCCUUAGUUCUUUGCCAUAGUUGUGGAUUUGUCACCAUGUGGUGGUGGUGGGCGUAUUACUAAAUGAUGCAAAGAUUCUAUAACUGACAAUUCUGCUUUAAAGAGACUCUGUCAUUUGUAGAGUGUGCGGAAAGCACGUUGACCUUUAGUUAGGUAUUGCUAAAGUAUGUACAUUGAGCUUGUGAAACUGACAGAAAGUAUCACGCAUUAAAAUGGAUAAAGCCACCUGGGCAUACAGCAACCCCGCCCCAUAGUCACGCACUUGGCAUCACAGAAUUCCCAACACGCAGGUUCCAUGGUUGGAAUUUUGGGAUGCUGAUCACGUCAUAUGGAACCUGGUCACCUGCACUCACAGCUGUGCUAGUCCCCAAUAAAUAUAGCCUUUACUGCUAAGCCAACAGGCCGUUCACCUGUUUUCAUCUUCAUAACAAAAUGAAAAACCAUAGGUUUCAUUCUUAACUCAUCCUACCAGGAAAACAACUGUAUAAAGAAUUGAUCAAUGGUAACUUAACUAGGUUUAAAUAAAAUCAAAAUACAGAUUACUAUGAAAGAGGGAGAUGUUAUCCACUUGAUGUGUGAAUGAAGAGUGUGUGUGUGUGUUUUAUUGGAAAAAUAUUGAUGAAUGAAUAUCUAAAAGAUCCUGCUUCCGAUCACAACUACUUUGCAUGCAGUGUAGUUGCUGUGAUAUAUUCCUCUACUAAAAGCAUGUUGCAUUUACUAGAGGAGUAUAGGAAGAUGUCACUCCUUUCUAAUGUCAGUGUAUUGGCAAUGAAGCAUCGGAAUUCACAAUCAAGGCUAAUAGCAGUGAAUGGUGGUUACAUUGAAGCUGACUGUGGGUGUUAGAUUUGUGUAAUGUCCAUGAACUCUGGAUAAUGGCUGUGACCACGAUGCUGAAGAGGAAGUAACCAUACAAUUUAUAGAUCUUCCAUUGGCUUAGAAGAUAUUAUUUAUCUUUAUGAUAGGCAUUGCUUUAGGAGAUAUUAUCAGUAGAGGUGUACCUGUUAUGCUGGGUUCACCUUAAUGCCCACACUAGGGAAAGGUGUAAAGAGACGAUGGACCUUGGAAUCCCGAAAAAAUAGAAUAAAUAUAAUUUUAAGUGAUAUGUAUGUUUUACAUCCUGAUUGUACAUUUACAUUUUUCAGAAAUAUAAAACUAGCAUGAAGACAUUGUUGGUUUUCAUUGAAACUUAAGUACACUUAGAAAAUAAAAGAUAAGUAGAUACUUUGUCAAAUUGACUAUAAUUUUUUUCUAAAUGUGGGAAGGAGCCUCAAGUGGCUUUCAUUGUGACCUUUUGCCAUUUCCCAUCCACUGCUGACUGGAGCCAGAAUCUGCGUGCAUGCCUCAUAAUAGAUGGUGAUUCCAUCCCAUGGAACAUGUGCAAUAAUUUUUGAAGAAUCUUACAUUCUUAUUGAAUCUUUCAUAGAACCCUUCUUUUGCCCCUACACAGGAGCGUACCAGGGAUGUGGCUCUUGGCAGAUAUACCUUGAGCUGAAUAGAAUGUAUUCUCAGAAGAGAGAAUUAGGUAUUUAUACCUGACUUUCUUUCUCUCCGGAUGCAAUGUCUAACACCAUAUUUGAGGAUAAGGUGAGAAAGGCGAUUUUGCAAACAAAAAGAAAAUACAAAUUCCCCACAAGUGAUCCUUCUGCUUCAAAGCCUUUUAAUGUUUUUUUUUUUAAUAUUCUGUUUAUUUCUUCCUGUAUUUAAAGAGGCACUCUGUAGCCCAACCAUAUUAGGCCCUGGGACUGGUGCGACUUACCUUUUCCAACAUUGUGCCAGUCCUGCAGGAUCUUCUUUCACAGCAACGCCAUCUUUGGGUUUCAAAGAUGGGGUCUAGGAAUGUUCUGCCCUUACUUGGGCGUUCUCUUUAAAUCACAUGCACACCCAAUGCUUCCAGUGGAACGGUCUUGGCUCCCUCGAUGGCGCUCAACACAGUGUCAGUGACGCAUUGCUCCCAGAAAUGAUGUGACGCUGGACUGAAUUGUGAACCGCCAACUAAAAAGUUGCCAAAGGCCGUAGAACCUGACUAAAGUUCCAACUUUUGUCAACCGGAAGGUUAUACAUAGGGAAAGUAAGGACUACUUUUACUUAUGUAUAACUUUUAAAAAUAAGAUUUGUUUUAAAAAAAAAAAAAAAAAAAAUAAGGGCAGCAGGGGAGGGAAUUUAACACAUAUCUAUUGUGAUAGGGAGUGACAAAGCCUCUUUAAUAAAUCUGUGUUUGAGAUGAUGUGAAAAUGUAAGGUACAAAUCAAGACCUCUUUUCAUGCAACUGAGUGCCUCCAUGUUGGCUGCCUGUCAGUCAUUGCUAUGGGCUCUGCCCUUUGCGUCUGACAAUUAGCACAGAGCAUUCAGAGAAGAGGAUAUUACACAAAACAAUGUUCCAUUUCCCCCUUUCCUUUUCAUUUGCAAUGUGUGCCCAGACUUUACCUUGUCUGAACUGCAUUACGAUAUGUGAUUUCAUAACUCUUUACGGCAAAUUUAAAAUAAAGAGCAUCAGAUGGAAAAAAAGGUUGCCAUAACGUAUAGGUGAUGGUCAAGAAGCGACCAUUGAGAACCUAUAUUUGCAAAUAUGUAUGUGCAAUACAAGCAGCUGGCUGUAGAGGGCAAACACUCUGCAGAAGAAAUGGCUGAUGUAAAUUUAGACUUUGAAAAUAUAUUGUUUUGGUUUUUUAUUUCAUUCAUAAAUAAUGAAUGAUUAUAUGAACUGGCUUUUAUUAUUCUUUAAAAAAACCAAACCAAUUAUAGCAAUAUAAGGGGGUAGCAGCUAACCUAUUUUUAAUGCAUUCUAUGUAAUACUAAACUGUAAAUUGUAGGGAAUUGACUAGGUAGUAUCAAAUUAAUGGAUGGGGUGGGGGACGACACACACACAACACACCUCCAGGUUGGCUCUGUUUCCAAUUCAGCUUUAUUGGGAUAAUUUGUGCAAUUCCAGGCAUUACGACCCCCUAAAGAAACUAGCUGAAGCACAGCUCCCCAGUGCAGUCUCACACUAUUGGACACCAGGGCUUCCCAUGUAAGCAAACUAUAAGGGGGCUUCUAUUUAGGAACCUGUAAGACCCCUCAACCCAGUGAGAUGCUCAGUGUCCCAUACUACCCACCCUGCCAUAAAAAGCCCCUGAUUAGAGUCUUGUGUUGCUCUGGUGGUUUGUCUUGGGUAUAUUUGUUUCUGGUUCCUUGACUUUGGCAUUCAACUUUGUGAUCUCAGCUAUCCCUGACCUAGCAGGACUUGCAGCAUCUUGUCUUUCACCACCUGGAAGGUAUCUUAUAACUGUAGCCAUUCUAACGUCCAGUACCUAUGCCUGCCUAUAAUUUUAUCCUAUAUAUCUGUCUCUGCCCUACAUACCAUAUACGUAUCUCUACCCUACCUGUGUGUGUGUGUGUGUGCUAGGUAGUGCUGCAUACUAACACAAGCUGUGUGAUGCUGACCAGGUCAUUUUUUAGAAGUGCAGCCAAUCACCAAGUUCGAGUAAAUGUAGGCUUUACCACUAUGAUAUGGGGCGCGGGGGGAUGAUAUAUCACUGCCUCCCCUUGCCAAAGUAACAUCCAGAGGUCUGGUGACCCAUGUAGAAAAUGGUGUAGUGUUAUGGGGAAAUCAUGAAGAUUCUAAAUACAGUUAAACUGUAGCAUGAGAAUUGUUGUAAGUAACAUUGUUAAAUAUACUUAUGGAGGUGGAUGGUCAACUGUUUUCCCCCUCCAUAGUGCACAUACAACACUAUGUUCCACAUAAAUCCAUCACACUACGGAAAUACACCCUACAUUUAUACACACAUUGACACUGUAUACAUACACACCACACAAUUACAUAACCUUUCAUUCACUAACCUGAUUCAAGUACGGCGGUUCCUUGGUGCUGGAUCUGGAGCGUCCUCUCGCGACAACAGCAAGCGCUGCACGCUCAGAGGAAAAGCUUCCCUAGGGGGUUUUCAAAAUGCGGGAAGUUGAAGUUUUUCCAGAAAUGGCAACCAUUAAUAUUGCACAAUAAAGGGGACAGGGGCACUUUAUCAAUGAUAUAAAGUGUUCUCGUGCCUAUAAUGUCCCUCAAUGUAUAAACCACUUUAUGACACCGUGCAUCUCUUUUCAUGUCCUGUCCGUCUGCAGGUACAAAUGAUCCAUGUCUCUCAAAUAUGGUGGACCAUGUGCACACCAUGCAAUUAGUUGAUUACUGUGGUCCGUAAGUAACAAUAAUUGUGUGACAUAUUGUUUUUGUGCUAGAGUUUUUGACAUGAGCGGUUUGGUAUUACAGGUUGAUCAAAAGAACACAGUACUGUAAACCCGUUUAAGGGUUCGUGUUUGAUAUUUUUAAUGUGGCUCGUGUCUUGGGUACAGUAUACCUCUGUGAAGAAAAUGGACUUUUAAUUGACAUUUUCUUCUUUAUUCUGUAUUUUUCCUGUGUACUACCUGUAUAGUGAAUGUAUUAGUUAGUUUGAAACUACCGAACGCCGACCAUCCUCCUGGCUUAUUAACUACAAUGGAACCAGCUAUUAAGUGCUCCCUGGGCGGCCGCUGUUCGUAGAGCCGAACGUCUCGUUGAAUAUAAAACGGCGGCCAUCUUGUUCGCACGAGGGGAGUCAGCGGGACUUGGUCGUCGAGUGUCUGGAACUAAAAUCGGACACUCGACCUCGCGAACCACCGAAUGCUUCAACGGCACACUUAAGCAAAUGUUCACGGCGUUCAGAGUCCUAUGGUCAAUGGGAGAAGUUUUUACCUCACCUCCUAUUUGCCUACCGAGAAGUGCCACACGUGCCACUGGGUUCUCCCCCUUCGAAUUCUUAUACGGGAGAAAAGUCCGGGGACCCCUGGACCUCAUACGAGAGCACUGGGAGGGCAACACAGGAGCGGAGGGGAUCCCAGUUUUGCCAUACGUGCUGGAGUUCCGGGACCGCUUGCAGGCCCUGACCAAAUCAGUUCGGGAGAACCUGCAGGUGGCCCAGAAACAUCAGAAACAAUGGUAUGAUCGGGGAGCCCGAGACAGGAACCUGGAAGUAGGGCAAAAAGUACUAGCCCUCAGACCUUCCAAAAAGGACAAGCUCCAGGCAGCUUGGCAGGGGCUAUUUAAAGUGGUAGAACGAAUUAGUGACACCACCUAUAUUGUGGCUAAAUGUUCCGAUGAAAGGGUCAGACGAGCCUUUCAUGUGAACAUGUUGAAGCCGUACUUCGAACGCUCAGAGGACGUGGCCGCCAUCUGUGCCCAGUCUUCUGAUGAUAGUGAAGGGCUCCCCUUGCCCGACCUGCUGGCAGCUAACCAAGGUACCUUAGAACAGGUCGGGUUAGGAGAGGAAUUAGACACCGCCCAGCAGGCAGACGCAAAACAACUGCUGCGGGAAUACGGUGAGCUGUUCUCAGUCCUACAUGGGUACACCUCCGCCGCAGUGCACCGGGUGGAGACGCAGGGGGAAGACCCCCUUACGGCAGCAGCCGUACCGUAUUCCGACAGCAGUGUGGACUAGUAUGUGGAAGGAAAUUCAAGAGAUGUUACAACUGGGGGUUAUUGAGGCUUCCCAAAGUCCAUGGGCGUCUCCGGUGGUUUUAGUAUCAAAGUGAGACGGUACGCCUCGCUUCUGUAUUGAUUACCGGAAAUUGAACGACCGGACUAUCACGGACGCCUACCCCAUGCCGCGGAUCGACUAACUGCUCGAUCGCAUGGCCAGCGGGCACUUCCUAACUACAUUAGACUUGUGCAAAGGAUACUGACAAAUCUCGGUAGAUCCGGCCGCCAUCCCUAAGUCGGCAUUCGUCACCCCAUUCGGGCUAUACCAAUUUCCGGUUAUGCCGUUUGGGAUGAAGAAUGCCCCCGCUACGUUUCAAAGAAUGGUGGUCCGACUUCUGGAGGGAAUGCAGGACUUUGCAUGUGCCUAUCUAGAUGAUAUUGCCAUCUAUGGCGGCACAUGGGAGUCACACCUGUUGCACUUAGCUACGGUAUUUGGGAAGUUACAGGAAGCUGGCCUCACCCUGAAACCCGAGAAAUGCCAUGUGGGCAUGGCCGAGGUCCAAUACCUAGGGCAUAGAGUAUGGUCUGGGAAACAGUGCCCCGAACCUGCUAAAGUAGAGGCCAUAGCUAAUUGGCCCCAGCCCCGCACCAAGAUGCAGGUAUUGGCCUUCCUAGGUACCGCAGGGUAUUAUAGAAAGUUCGUCCCUGAGUAUAGCACCCUUGCCAAACCCCUUACUGACCUGACCAAAAAGUCCCUACCUAAGCAGGUAGGGUGGUCCCCGGAGUGUGCAACAGCGUUCCAGAGACUUAAAACGGCUUUGAGCGAAGCUCCAGUACUGGCGGCCCCACACCCUAACAAAACAUUUCUCGUCCAUACAGAUGCCUCCAUGUUUGCGCUGGGAGCCGUGCUGAGCCAGGUGGGGGAAGACGGCAUGGAGCACCCGGUCGCAAGUUGCUACCUAGGGAGGUCAGCUAUGCCGCCGUGGAAAAAGAAUGCCUGGCGCUAGUAUGGGCAUUAAAGAAACUUCAACCGUAUCUUUAUGGCCGUGCUUUUACCCUACUGACUGACCACAACCCCCUCAUUUGGCUCAACCGAGUCUCUGGAGACAAUCCUCGGUUGCUGGAGUUUGGCAUUGCAACUCUACAAUUUUACGCUGCAAUAUCGUCCGGGCAAGCAGAAUGGCAAUGCGUAUGGGCUUUCCUGUCAAACGGACUUGGAUGUUAAAUAUGUUACCCGGACAUCCCCUAGUCAACCCGGCAGGGUCUAGGCGGGUAUGCCGACCCAUGGAACUAAGGGGGAGUAUUGUGAAGAAAAUGGACUUUUAAUUGACAUUUUCUUCUUUAUCAAGUAUUUUUCCUGUGUACUACCUGUAUAGUGAAUGUAUUUGUUUGUUAGUUUGAAACUACCGAACGCCGACCACCCUCCUGGCUUAUUAACUACAAUGGAACCAGCUAUUAAGUGCUCCCUGGGCGGUUGCUGUUCGUAUAGCCGAACGCCACGUGGAAUAGAAAACAGCGGCCAUCUUGUUCACACAAGGGGAGUCAGCGGGACUUGGUGGUCGAGUGUCUAGAACUAAAAUCGGACACUCGACCUCGCGAACCACCGAACGCCGGCUUCUUGUAUUUCCCGAACAGCCAGGGAAGCGCCGUUCGGUAGUUCUAUGCGAACGGACAAGGGGAGCAAUCGGUGCUAUGAGCCAGGGGAUCCAUUCGGGACUUUUGUUCGUUUUUUACAGAUUUGUGAAUUGACCAACCGUACACACUGAAUUCAUGGAACUGUUUUGGGCAGGAGCCGCAUGUGUGGUCGGUAAAACGGACCCUCCACACUUUUUCAGAACCCCCUGAACCGAUCUGGGUGAAAUUUGGAUAUGUUUGUACCCCAGAUCGGGGCUAAGUUUUGGGGAAAUUGUGUGUGUGCUCUCUGCCUGGAGAUAAUUGGUUUAUUCCUUAACUUAUCUCAAUAUCUCCCAGGCAGAGAGGAGGCGUGUAUUACUGUAAAUCUGUAUGUUGAUUGGCUGUUGUCUUUGUUUGCUGUGGGAAGUCCUCUUGCAGGAGGAUUUCUCAUAAAAGCCCGUGUGUGUCAAUAAAAUUCAUUCCUGUUACACCCUUCAUGAAGUCUAGGCUCAUGUUUGGGGGAUAUUCUACUCGCUGGGAAGAAUCACCUUGGAACUGCAUUUCAUCUACCUUAUUCCUCUACUCCCUGCUGCAGCUAUAAUCACUCAUGCUCAGCUGUUGGGAAAGGGAACAGAAGACCGCAGCACCAUAACCACUACAGGUCUUAACCUCCUAACAAAAUGGCAAAAGAAGCACAUUAUCAUUACCAGGGUACGGGUUACAAGGUUAACUAUGGAGUAGGCUAUUCUUGCAAAUUUUAAGUUAUUAUUGAAACUGCUCGGUAAGCAACUAUCUACGUGAAAAUUUAAUUUACAUCAAGUCUAAAUUCUUAUGGUAUUUACCCUGGAUAUUUGUAAAAAUACUUGGUUAUUGUACCUUAAAGAUGCCAUUCGUCCAAAUUUUGACGCAGGUGUAGGCAGUGUUCAACACUCCAAAUGUUGUUGCCGACAUCUCCCAUAAAGCUGUCGCACCCAUAAUGAUGUCAAAGCAUCAGUGGAGAUGUCGUCCACAACAUCUGGAGUGCCAAAGGUUGCCUGCUGUAUGGGGGUUUACUCACCAACCAACAACUUUUAGUAAAUUGAUUUGCACAUUUUAGCAAAAAAUAAAUAAAAAAAUCACUAAAUGGGUAAAAGUCCACUAUAAAUCUGGACAAUAUUUUAGCAUCAAUAUUCAAUUCAAAUUUUAAAGGGACACUAUAGUCACCCAGAUCACUAAAGCUCAAUGAAGUGUUCUGGGUGCCAGGGCCCUCAGGUUUUAACCCUUCAGAGAAACUAUGUUUUCAUUCGGGGUUAAGCCAACCUCUAGUGGCUGUCUUCCUGACAGCUGCGAGAGGCGCAUCUGCGACGCUGGAUGCAAAUUUGGCAUCCAUUCCGCAGGGCGUCCAUAGGAAAGCAUUGAGAAAUGCUUUCCCUGUGGACUGUUUGAAUGCGUGCACGGCACUGGCCGCGCAUGCGCAUUCUGCUCCACUCGGAAAAUUCCGUCAGCGGGGGAGAGGUCACUGGCUUAAGGUAAGUAACUGAAGGUGGCACCCUCAGGGCACUAUAGAGUCAGGAAAACCGCUUUGUUUAUCCUUUAAUUCUAAUUAACCCUGUGAAUGAAAGACUUUUUUUCUUCACUAACUGUUUAUUUACUAUAGUGUGAACUGCCAUGAAUGUCACAUUUUGUGAGCAGACUGGGAGGCUCCACGUUUACCUAACCUUCUUUAAUGAAUUUGCCUCCUAUCUUUUAAUAAAAUGUCGAUUAUUUGGUCACAGACGCUAGAAUAAUCCCUAAUUUCAGGCCGAAGUAGGGAUAUAUUGUCAAUGUUUAUUUUAUUUUUUUGUUUAUUUAUUUUAGUUUUGACUGAAUUCCUGUCAGUUUCUACAGUUUAGCAAGUGACCGUGUAAAUAAUGUUAUUAGCAGUUUAUUAUCUCUAGCAGUGCUGUUAUACAUGGUUUCUGACACACUUUGUGGAUGAUCAUGUUAUGUGAACAUAUUGAACAGUUUGAAGAGGUUUGUUUUCGCGCGCUCCCGCGCUGUGCUCGUGCUGGCGGUUGUUAGUGGUAGAGGUAUAGGUGUAGCGCGCGCGCUCUCUCCCUCUCUCUCGCUGGCGGGCGCGCGCGCUCCCUCUCUCUGGCUGGCGGGCGGGCGCGCGAUGCACUCUGGGAAUGGCUGCGCAGCUCGGGUUGGCUGGGGGAGCAGACAGUGGAGUUUUAAUGUCCGCCAUGUUGGCCGUGGCGUAUUGAAGAGGGAGGGAGAGUGGGAGACACCGAAUCGCACAGAAAACCCGCCAAAAAACCCCUUCAGACCCACCGCGGGCACCGGGAGUGCCAGAUACCCCCCCCUGCCCCCCCGUGUUACCCGCCGGCUCCCCCCAGUUACCCCCCGUUACCCCCUCCCUCCCCACACGGCCAUCACGGGGGGUCCGGCCGGAGAGCAGCUCCCUCCAUGAGAGCGCGGCACCGGAGGCUCUGCCCGCUCCUCCUCCCGCUCGGUCGCCGCAUGGCCGCUCGGUGGCGGUGGUAGACCGAAGAUGAGCAAGCUGUCGUUCCGGGCGCGGGCGCUGGACGCGUCCAAACCGCUCCCCGUCUUCCGCUGCGAGGACCUGCCGGACCUGCACGAGUACGCCUCCAUCAACCGGGCCGUGCCGCAGAUGCCGACCGGCAUGGAGAAGGAAGAGGAGUCGGUAAUUCCCGGGGAGGGGGGGUUGUUAUUACUGUGGGGGGGGAGGUGGGGGGGUUGCAAGCUUACACAAAAUGGCCGCCAUUCCCCCCCCCCUCUGGUGGCCCCUGAGCCCCCCCGGGCAUGCUGCACCCCCGGCAGUGUGAGUGUGAGUGGAUGCAGUGAGCUGGCGGCGGCCGGGGCCGGUUUGCAGGUCGUUUCGGAGACCUGGAAAGCACAAAGGGGGUCACGUGACCGGCCGCCGUCCGCCAUUUUGUUGUGUGUGUAUCUCUCUCGCUCUCACUGUCUUUGGGCUGGGCCUUGCUCUGUGUGUGAGUGACAGGAGGGAGGGGGUGCAGUACCGAGCUGCGGCCGCUGGGUGGAGUCAGUUCACACAUUGUGAAUUGUUUGUGUACAUUGUAUGGGACUGACAGGAAGGAUGGGGAAUUGGGCCUGACUGUUAUUAUCAUCAGGCUGCUGUUAUAAACCAGGGGGCCCUAUUUAAGCUGCUGCUUUCCUCCUUUUUUCUUACCCCCUUUUUUUUUAUUUUUUUUAUUUUUUUUGAGCUGCUUGUGGAAAACAUUCAGCUUAACUUAUUAGAUGCUUGUGUAAUUUGAAACCAGGAAUUAUUAAAGCCUAUAAAUGGUUACCCAUUCUGUUUUCAGUAGGAAUUAAUGUUCAAGAGAUUGUGUGUUAGAUUGUUUACUAAAGCAGCACUUUCUGGCAGUGGGUGUUUUGUGGGAUUUAUUAGGUUGUAUACUUUAUCACAUUUGAGAAGUGAACUUUAGGACUUUAGGAUUUAAGAAUGGGUUCCAAAAUUGUCAGGCAUGUGUGUAAUUUUUGAGUUCAUGUUCAAGAUUUUAUAUAUGACUAGAUGCUGUGGGCAGCAUAUAAAAACAACCCUUUUAUAGGAUAUAUUGAACUUGUGAGCAGAAAGAGUUAGUAUGGGCACCUAGCAGGGUUAACAUGGGAAAACUGUUUUAUAAGUGAAUCCAACUUGCCACACUUAAUUUGUAGUAUGUCUGUGUGUGUAUGUGUGUGUGUAUGCAAGUGUACUAUUGUUGUUUAUCCUUGUCAGGGCUAUUCAUUGAAGUGAGAUUUCAAAUUUAAGACCAGAGUAGCUGAACAGGAAUGCAUAGCUUAGAGUUUUUCAAUUUGGGUUCUUUAGAUUUGAAAUCGGCUUUGUAUUCUCACUUUAAUAAAUAACCCUGUGUGAAUGUGUCCUACGUGUUUUACCUCUGUUUAAAUACCAACAUUUUCCAACUGAAAAUUUUCACUUGAGCCUUAGGGUAUCCAAUCUUGGGUUUUCAGUUUCAUUUAUACUUAACUUCAUUGCUGUACACAUACCUACUCUUUUGCAUUAUUUUCUGCAGUAUCUAGUUAAAGGGUCACUAUAGUCACCAGAACAACUAUAGCUUAAUGUAGUUCUGGUGAGUAUAAUCAUUGCCUUAAGGCAUUUUAAUGCAAACAAUGCCUUUUCAGAGAAAAGGCAGUGUUUACAUUGCCCAUAGGGACACCUCCAAGUGGCCACUCCUCAGAUGACCACUGGAGGUGCUUCCUGGGGCAGCUCUGCCGUUCAGCGUCUCCACCCUCUGCAUGGGGACGCUGAGUUUUCCCUCAUAGAGAUGCAUUGAUUCAAUGCAUCUCUAUGAGGAGGUGCUGGUUGGCCAAAAAGGCGUUUGGCCUCGCCCCUUGCCGAUUUUAGCCAAUCCAAUGCUUUUCCUACGGGAAAGCAUUGGAUUGACUAAAAAAUUGGAAAUUAUGAUGUCACCAGAAUUACCAGUAAAACCACUGUUUAGGUGGCUUGCCCUUCUUAGUCCCCGUAAAAGGUAAUAAAACAUACCUUAUUUUCAGCGCAGCGCAGGUCCAAUCUGCCCUCUUGCUGACAUCAGAAUUUAAUCUCAGCCUAUCCAGUGCUUUCCCAUAGGGAAAUCAUUGGAUUGGCUGAAAUCAGCACGAUGGGGGUGGGGCCAAAUCUGGCUUGUCCAUUCAGCAUCUACUCUGAGAUGCAUUGAGUCAGUGCAUCUCUAUGUAGAAAGUUCAGCAUGGCGAUACUGAAUGGCAGUUCUGCCCCCAGAAAGCACCUCCGGGGCAAUGUGAAUAUUGCCUUUUUUCUGUAAAGACAGGGUUUAUUGCAGGUAAUGAUUAUGCUCACCAGAACUAUAUUAGGCUGUAGUUCUGGUGACUAUAGUGCCCCUUUAAAGGUGGGCUGCCACUGACCAAGUAACUGCAAAGGGUGGUGACUAACCCUCAUAUGUGACUUGCUCUAAUUUUAUUAUUCACUCCCCCCCCCCAUUUUAUUUUAAAUGGACCUUCUAGUCCCUAUACUUCAACUUGUUGUUAUUGCUGGUAAUCGUUUACAUAUAUUAUGAUUUCUAAGAUUCCUGUAAUGUAGUUGAUGGGCUGUAGAGCCGUUACCAAAAUGUUACUUAAUGUUUGCUUAAAACUUCUGUUUUAUUCUGGUUCCCCAAGUCUGUUUUUUUUUUUAUUCUUGGUUUAUGAUUAUGCAAGAUCAAUGGCAGUGAGUUGCUAUGGAAACAGAUGUAGUGGCUGCUUAUAAUCUUGGUAAUGAUUACUGUACAGUUAAGUGCCCCCCUUCUCUUCCUUCUCCUCCCCCCUCCACCCACCAGUACUUCACUCCUUUUUCUCUUCUAAUCUAGAGAACCGUGUCAGUUAUUUUAAUAUAUUUUCAUCAGAUUCAGAUUGGGGGUUGCAGUAGCACGUAUUGGUAUGAGCAAGCCUGGUGUUUAGCUUUCUGUUUCGAUUUGCAUGUCAUUUUAAUUCAUUAACCCCUUAAGGACGGAGCCAAAUGUACACAAUGUGAACAAAACAAAAUGUAAACAAAACCUGGCAUUUGCGCUACAUGUCUGUCCAACUGUAAUUCACCUCUUUCAUAUUAAAUACACCCACCCUUAUAUAUCAUUUUAUUCAGGGGAAACAGGGCUUUCAUUUAAUAUCAAAUAUAUAGCUAUGAAACAUAAUUUAAUAUGAAAAAAAUGGGAGAAAAUAAGAUUGUUUUUAAUUUUUUAGUUCUACAUGACAUUUUAACGGUCAAUGUCAUACUGUUUCCUUUUACUGCAAUAAAAUACACAUAUUUGUAUUCAGGAAAGUCUCACGUGUAAAACAGUACCCCCUAUGUACAGGUUUUAUGGCGUUUUGGGAAGUUACAGGGUCAAACAUAGCAUGUUACAUUUGAAAUUUGCCAGAUUGGUUGCCUUUGAGACUUUUUAUAGUAGCCCAGGAAAGAAAUUUACACCCAUAAUGGCAUAUCAUUUGCAAUAGUAGACAACCCAAGGUAUUGCAAAUGGGGUAUGUCCAGUCUUUAGUAGCCAUUCUGGCUAACCAAUCUGGCGAAUUUUAAUGUGAAAAAAAUGAAACACAAGCCUUAUAUUUGACGCUGUAACUUUUGAAAACACCAUAAAACCUGUACAUGAGGGGUACUGUUGUACUCUGGAGACUUCGCUGAACACAAUUGUUUCAAAACAGUAAAAAGUGUUGCAGCAAUAAUAUCGUCCGUGUAAGUGCUGUUUGUGCGUGAAAAAUGCAAAAACCUUCACUUUUACUGGCGAUAUCAUCGUUGUAAUACAUUUUACUGUUUUGAAACACUAAUAUUUGUGUUCAGCGAAGUCUCCCGAGUAGAACAGUACCCCCCAUGUACAGGUUUUAAUGGUGUCUUGGAAAGUUAUAGGGUUAAAUAUAGUGCUAGCAAAUUAAAUUCCCUUUACUUUCGGCAUGGGUUGUCAGGCAGGUCCCACUAAUUGUAAUUAAUUAAGAUACCUAAUUAUGUAAAAAUAUUACAUAAAUAUAUGUAGAAUUAGUGUGUGUAUAUGUAUGUGUGUGUAUAUGUAUGUAUGUAUGUAUGUGUAUAUAUAUAUAUAUAUAUAUAUAUAUAUAUCUCUCACAAUACAGUUAGAACGAAAUAACGCACAUCUAUAUAUUUUGUUAUUUUUUUUUACGUAUUACAUUAAAUUUUUAUAUAUAUAUAUAUAUAUAUAUAUUCAUAUAAUCAUAUAAUUCAUAUAUUCAGUAUCAGUCUACGUGACUAUAUAUAGUAAAAUACACCUAGACAGUGUAUGUGUGUGUGUGUGUGUGUGUGUAUAUGUAUAAUUAUUUAUUUUAUUUCCAGCCAGCAGGGGGACCACCUGUCAUUAGAGGUCCUCACUCUCACAUGGCCGGGGGGGAGGGGGGUUUCCAGGGGGUCGGACGUGCCUAUGGGCAAACUGAUAGCAGUCGUAGCAUGAAAGCCAUCAAGUUACAGAGCUGUUCCAAGCAAGUGUAGAUCAAUGCCUGCUGGAGUCUCUUGUUAUUGGAGAAGGACCCAUUAAACAGUGCAUCUAUGAAUUUUAUUUAUUUCUUCACAGUUUUUCUUAGCUUCAUUCCUAUGCGUUCUAGUUUUUCCAAUUGGGGUUUGGGAGGGAGGUCAUUUUACUUAAUUUUUCUUGUGGGUGGAUUACUUUUUCUCUCCCUUCCUGUUUGGACAAAAUCGGCACAUGUACAACAGUUGCUGUAAAUGCAGCUAUCUGAUGUUCUGAUUACCCGAUCAUAUACUCCUAGAAAAGCAGUAGAGUCUACUAAUGAUUACCUAUAGAAGCUCUCAUUACCACUUGUUCAUGUGGAGUGAAUCAGGAAGCUCUCUUGGCUGUCAGUUUGUCCGCCUGGGGGCAUUCCUUAAUUGACAAAAGUGCAGAUUAAUUUUGAAAAGUAUGGGGGGGGGGGUCAUGUAUUUUACCCUUAAGAACUUUAGCAAUCUAAAUCUUUAGGAAUGUGGAGUGUCCCUUUAAGUGUGCAGUUAUUCAGCUUUUAUAAAUGUGCACUAAUUUGUCUUCUUUAGCCCAACACAAUUAAAUAAGUGUGAAUAUCCUUCUAGGCUGAUGGAAUAUGAUUCCAUGUCCUAGACCUAGAUGGACCUCUCCGUUGUUUUUACCAGCAUGUGGAUAACAAAAACUGGUAUGCUGAUAUCUAGUUACAUCUUCUAUGUUUUGUAAUAAAACUGAUACGCUUGUUUAUUGUUGUGAUUCAGUAUCUUCCAGAAAACUUAAAGUUGAAAGGGUAAUGUGGAAGUUCACAUUAGCCAAGCAGUUGUUGAAAGGACAGGCAUAUGUGGCCCCUUACUUUGAAAUUACUCAGACUCCUAUCUCAGUAACGCUGGCAUGCAGAGAUUAUGGCGCCUUAAAGGACCACUAUAGGCACCCAGACCACUUCAACUUAAUGAAGUGGUCUGGGUGCCAGGUCCAUCUAGGAUUAACCCUGCCUGCUGUAAACAUAGCAGUUUUUUAGAGAAACUGCUAUGUUUACAUUAGGGUUAAUCCAGCCUCUAGCGGCUGUCUCAUUGACAGCCGCUAGAGGCGCUUCCGCGCUUCUCACUGUGAUUUUCACAGUGAGAAGACACCAGCGUCCAUAGGAAAGCAUUGAGAAUGCUUUCCUAUGGACUGGCUGAAUGUGCGCGGCUCUUGACGCACAUGCGCAUUCAGCCGAUGACCGCCAAAGGAGGAGAGUCCCCAGCUUUUUUAACCCCCGUCAGCCCGGCAGGAGUGUGACCCUGAGGGUGGGGGCACCCUCAGGGCACUAUAGUGCCAGGAAAACAAGUUUUGUUUUCCUGCCACUAUAGUGGUCCUUUAACCUCUCUUUAUUAGCUGAGGCUCUGAAUCUGAUGUAGAGCUUUGAAACCACUAAAUCAACUGUGUAACCUGUUGACAAUGGUAUGUGUUUUUUCGUAUCCCUAUUGCAGAAGAAUUGGGAUUUUUUUUUUUUUUUUUCAAAUGUGUUUUUGGAGGAAUAAACUAGAAUUCAUAGAUACAGGGUGAUUACAUAUAGUAGCUACUGAAUACUUGCACAUAACAUCUGUACAACAAGGCAAAGUUGAAAAAAAGUCUUGCUCAGCUGUGUUUGACUGACAAUAGCAUUCACUGUUAGAGGUACUCUGUAAGGGGAAGAGGGGUUCAUGUUUUGGGUUUAUUUUUUUCCUUUCUUCUCAAAACAGAUUGAAACAGGGCAUAUAUUGCUAUUUUUAGAAAUACUCUGUAUGGAAUAUAGAUUUUAAAGGGACACUAUAGUCACAAGAACAACUACAGCCUAAAGUAGUUGUUAUGGUGCGUAUAAUCAUUAUAUGCCCUUAUGCAGGCAUUUUCAUUCAAACACUGCCUAUCUGUGUUUACAUUGCACAGAGGGACACCUCCAAGUGACCAUUCCUCAGAUGGCCACUGGAGUUGCUUCCUGGCUCAGUGCUGCACGGUAGGCAGCACUGCCAUUCAGCGUCUCCAUGCUCUGAAUGGGGAUGCUAAAUUUUUCCUCAGAGAUGCAUUGAUUCAUCUAUGAGGAGGUACUGAUUGGCCAAAUUGUAUAUGGCCCCGACCUUUGCUGAUUUUUGUGCAUUAUCUUUAGUAGAACAACCUACGGCAAGCAAAUAUGAAUAAAUCCCUCCUGUCAGCAUAGUUUUAUUGAAUAUUUGCUAUCAACUUGGAAAUAUAAUCUUGAAACUAAAACAUGCAGACUGGUAAAUAACAAUGUGUGUGAUGAGACAGAUGGAUAUAGACAUAUAUAUUUUCUAUCCAUUUAAGAGUUUUUAAUCCUUUUUUCUUCCCAAAACUAAGCUGCAUAUAAGUUGAAAAGCAUUAAUGAUAAAUGCUAGUGGUUUCCUUUCAGUAAAUGCAGUGAUUUUUGUUAGAUUCGGAAAUCUGCAAAAAUACAUUUGGUGAGUAAGCUUUUCAUUUCAGAACCGGUCAAUUAUCCUAAAGGCAGACAAACUAAAUCAAUAAGCUUUAUUUCCUGAGCCAUUUAAUUAAAGCUUUAUGCAUGAUGAAUUUUACUAUCCUUCAUUACAUAAUAGCAAAGUUAAAUUACUGCAAUCUAAUUAGCUCUUCCAGCUAUGUUGUAGUGACGAACUUGAUUUAAAGUAGACUUGGCAGUGUAUUUUAUUUUUUUUUAAGGUCCUGUAUUAAAGUUUCUCAUUACCAAUGAUGGUAAUGGUAUUUGUUAAGUUAGAAUUUAGCUACAAUUGGUUGUUUUCCAAGAGUUGCAGCAGAAAACCAAAUCAUGAAUGUUUGCAAUAAUAUGACACCAAAUGUCUGUGAAAUUCACAAGGUAGUCUUUAGAUGUAUGUGAAAAACAACUUGUGCUAGAUUUGGGAGAGAUGUAUGAUGAAACAACCAAGGUAGAUAGCCUUUGUUGUCUCCUUUUGAAAAUGGUAUAUUAUGGUGGGAGCAAAGUGCAGAUUAGGGACUUAUAUUUUGUUCCAAAAGUGACAUUUGCCCAAUAAAUUGGUGUGAAUUGCAAAUCUAAUUACUGAAAUUGAUAUGUCUUAUUUGUGACGGCAAAUAAGAGCCGUUCAGUCCAUCUAGUCUGCCCAAUUUUCUAAAUACUUUUAUUAGUCCCUGGCCUUAUCUUAUAGCUAGGAUGCCUACCCCACGCAUGCUUUAACUCCUUUACUGUGUUAACCUCUACCACUUCAGCUGGAGGCUAUUCCAUGCAUCCACUACCCUCUCAGUAAAGUAAUAAUUCCGGAUAUAAUUUUUAAACCUUUGCCCCUCUAAGACUAUGUUCUCUUGUUGUGUCUAUGUCCUCUGUAACUUGACUUCUCCAAAAUCCAGCAAAUGUCUACCCAAGUAUGGUAAUCGCUGUAGAAAGGGUCCAAUGUAAGUUGCCAUAAUUCAAAUCCUGUGCUCUUUAAAGUGGCACACACACACACAAUCUGGCAGAGCUAUGUGAUAUAAACAUUUCAUAAAGUGUGAAAAUGCGCUUGUUGAAAUGCAAUGUGUAGUCUGUCUAUGAAUAUAUACUUCUGGAUUGGAUGACUGCUAUUAACAUUAUAUUCCCCACAUAAAAAUUCCGUAACUGUUACACUUGAAAACCGUAAUUCAUGGAGGCAAUCUGAACAAAAUAAAUCUAUUUUGCUUUAUUUAUCUUUAAGCUGUACUAGUUGUCUAGAAAUGAACAGAAUUGCAUAUUUUGGCAUCUUCCUUAGAAUAUAUUCACUCUUAAAGGGAAACUCCAGUGCCAGGAAAACAAUCUGUUUUCCUAGCACUGCAGGUUUCCUCUCCCUCCCACCUCCCAAUCCCCGGUUGCUGAAGGGGUGAAAACCCCUUCAGUAACUUACCUGAGGCAGUAGACGGCCACUAGAGGUGGAGUUAACCCUGCAAGGUAAUUAUUGCAGUUUAUAAAAAAACUGCAAUAAUUACACUUGCAGGGUUAAGAGUAGUGGGAGUUGGCACCCAGACCACUCCAAUGGGCAGACGUGGUCUGGGUGCCUGGAGUGUUCCUUUAAUAUUAACUAUUUCUUUAAAUCUGCACCAGAAGGAAGCCCUAUUAAUCCUUUAGUAGAGGUUUAUAAUAUUUACAAAGGCACUUUAAGGACUACUCUAGGCACCCAGACCACUUCAGCUUAAUGAAGUGGUCUGGGUGCCAGAUCCCUCUAGGAUUAAAUAUAUAUAUAUAUAUAUAUAUAUAUAUAUAUAUAUAUAUAUAUAUAUAUAUAUAUAUAUAUAUAUAUAUAUAUAUAUAUAUAUAUAUAUAAUCUCCCUCUCCAGCCUCUAGUGGCUGUCUCAUUAACAGCCGCUAGAGGCGUUUGCAUGCUUCUCAUUGAUUUUCACAGUGAGAAGACGCAAGCGUCCAUAGGAAAGCAUUCCUAUGAGACUGGCUGAAUGCGCGCAGCUCCUGCCGCGCAUGUGCAUUCAGCUGAGGAGAGCUCCCCGCCCGGCGCUGGAGAAAGGUAAGAAUUUAACCCCUUCCUCUCCCCAGAGCCCGGCGGGAGUGGGUCACUGAGGGUGGGGGCACCCUCAGGGCACUAUAGUGCCAGGAAAACGAGUGUGUUUUCCUGGCACUAUAGUGGUCCUUUAAUGAGAGCUGAAAUUACAGUGGAACACACGAAUUUAAUUUUCAGUCAAAUGUUAACUUACUUUAGAAGUUUUAUCUCCUGCUCUGUAAAUUGAAUAUAUUCACACAAAGGAGGCUCCUGCAGGGUCUGAGAGGCUAUUAACCAAGAAGAUGUUCUAAAUUAAUCAGAAUGGGCAAUUAAGGAAAUGUAAACAUUAGAUGUGGCUAGGAAAGUUAUACACAUACAGGGACGUGUGACUAGGACUGUAUAAAUAAAGUGAUAUAACUCCUAACUUGAUAUCUUUUGGGCUCUGAAAGCAUUAUCCAGAUUUCUCUAUUAGCCACUGGCUGACCUUUUUAAGGGUCAAUUCUUUGUGUUGACUAUCCAUAGAGAACAUAUUCAACAAUUACAGCACUACCUUGUUUAUAUUGUAUGCUCAUCUGUACCCUAUUGUGCCCACUUUGUGUUGGAUACACUAUUUGUAAGGCUUGCUAUCAUUCUUGAAACUUAAUAAUAAUAUGGUUUGAAAGUUAAAGAAAAAAGUAAAAUAAAGUCUACCUGCAAUAAAAUUAGACUAAAAAUGAAUUGAUCUUAAUAUUUUCAGAAUAACUAGCUUAAAAAUAUAUUUUUGAUGAGGGUUUUCAAAUGAUAUAUCAAUAUUAUAAAAUCCUGCAUUUUUUUUUUCAUUGUUUCAUUGGUUUAGCCUGUUUAACACAGAUAUAUUAAUAAUAAUAUUUAUUAAUACUUUGUGGAACAUACCUUGAACAUUCUUGAACCUUUUUAGUUACGGCAAUUUUAUUUUCUUCCUGCCCUUAUUUCAGACGUGUGUGUAAUAUAUAAUUUUAUUCGCCUCCACUCCUGCCUUUCUUCCAUUUUUAUUUUCUCCAGGCUUUGCUUUGGAGUUGUGUAGCAUCUCUUGAUAGACGUCCUUGAGAUCUUUUUAUAUAAACAUGUAUUUUAAAUUUUGUUUAUUUUUUGCAAGGUGACAGCAGCCACUGUAAAAAUGGAGAACCCAGUGUUAUCCUUUUUAAGUAAUAAAUUGUAGUACGUGUUUUCUUAUUUUUUUUUUUUUUUUGUUUUGUAAUAUGUUUUAUAUACAUAAUUUGGAAAUACUGUCACUUCUGUUUUUCGAUAAUUAAACAUUUUCUUAAAACUACCAAAGAGUUGUGAUCAUUGUCUUUCAAAUUGUAAUAGUGUUCAUUUGUUUAGGUUGCACAUUAGAGGGUCCAUUAGAUGUGCUAUACUAGACUGAGUAAUGGAAAAGAACGAAACUUCCAGUCCUGACUGUUCUUUAAAGUUGGCCUAUAUCUCCUAUAUAAGAAUUUUUUUUUUUAACAUUUUAGUUCUCUUGCUGGGUAGUCUGACAUUACUCCAACUAGCAUGCCAUGACCACAUCAAUCCUUCCCCUCCCCCCUUUUUUAAUUUUUUUUUUUAGUUUUCAUAUUGGUAGCAGUUUGUAUGUGAGAGUUUUCUGAACACACAGAAAUAUUGUGGCUAUAUAUUCAUAAACAGAGUACACACGUGCUCUUAAUUGGUGAGAAUAGUCCAAUCAAAUGCUUCUUUAUGGGAAGAAUUUCCUUGGACCUUGAGAGGAAUACUGUGACAUUAACUGGGGCAUUGAAAUCAGUGCGUGGAGUUGGUAAGUUUAUAACUUAUUUAAUAGGGUUUUUUUGUUUUGUUUUACUAGGGAAGGGGACCUAAAUACUAAUGACAAUAUUUAAAUAAGUUUUGAUAUAUAUUAUAUAUAAUAAUGAGAGCUCCUGUUCAUUUGUCUGUUAUUAUUUAGCUCUUUGACUGCAGUAAUUUGCACAUUAACCAACUGCAACUAAAGUGCCAGAAUACGGUUAUAAAGAGCUUGCAUGUUUGGUUUCACCUUGGCAAAAUUUCCUAGACUCUUUAACAGUCAAUUUUCUUCACAUGCAUGCACAUAAACACUCGGACUGACUUGGCUAUACUCCCACACACUGUUUAUACCACUCUCCUAAAUACCUAAUGAACCACACUCACAAUUAUUCCUCAUCAUUCACUCAUGCAUAAAACACAAUUAGUAGCCAACCAUGCCUACAGAUGCACUCACAUUUUUGUACAUAGAGACACACACUCUCAAGCAUAUACCAAAUUUUCUGUGUGGGGAGUGGGCAGGCUAUACAUCUUGCAGUGACAGGUGCAGCGUCAGAGCUUCCCUUGUUUUGUGCUGUAUACAGGUAGAGUAAAGGUGCUAGUAAGCAAAGUCCUAUUCCUUUUUGGUCCGCCCGGUGAGUAAGAAUGCAGCAAGUAGAAAGAGUCCAUUUCCGAGCUGGUCAGAGAAGAAAUUUUCACUGACCACCAUGAUUUAAAAACAAAAGUCUGAAAAAAAAUCCAAUUUCUAUGGCACCAUGACAACUUGAGCUCCAAGCUCAAGUAGAUUUAAAUCCAUCUUUAGUUAGGGACUACAGUUAUUUAUUAAUAUGUGAAAUUUGCAUGAGGUUAAAAGCUGAUAAUUUUUAUGUAAAAUAAUAGCAAGUGGACAAAACAAAAUGCACAGGUUUUGCCUGGGUCUGUGAAUAGACUAAGAAGAAGAAAAAGUCCAUAACACAUUUCCUAAAGUCAGGUUAGCCUCCUGUAGUCUUUUUUUGGUGCCAUUAUGGCCACGCUCUAUAUCCAAGUUUUGUAUCAAUCUUUAUUUAUUGGGCACAAACAUAAGUUCUCUGGGUGCCCACGGCGUAGCAACAUUUGUCAUGCUGCUUUCAUGGACAUUAGAUUUACUCCAAGCAUAAUAACAGUACACUGGCCUGGUUCCCUGAUAAUAGAGAAAACUGUUUAUCAACAGCUUGCCCCCUUACCUGGAUCCCCACCAGGCUCCUAUGCUUAUUGGUGGUCCAGUAAUGCGCUUCUGCAUAAGCCACUGGGAUCAACUGACCACUUAGCCAAAGACUGACAUUCUGUGGAAUAGAAGUUGGCCAAAAUUGUCAUUAGCCGGCCAGUAACUCUGAUCCCUGCUGGCUGAUGACACCUCUAUGACAGAGGUCUGUCAGCUAAGCGGUUAAUCUGUAUGCGCAGGUUUUUGCUUUGUAAAUACAGAGUGACUCCAGGCGUUCUGACCACUUCAAAUCAUUGAAGUGUUCAUACGGUUUGGAGUAACACUGAGCACAAACCUAUAUAUAGAAUACAUAUUGUUAAUGCUGGAAAUUUAAUCUCUGCAUUAAAGAUUGACAAAAUAUUGGGGGAGGGAGAUGUGUUACACUGCAAAAACAGUUUUUGAACAUAACCUGGUGCAUGCUGGGCUACAGAGAUUAGAAUACCUCCUGAAUAACUGACCCGAUAAGCCUUAGAGAAUACAUUAAAGGGUUAGUCUGAGCACCAUGACCACUCUUUUAUCAGGUCUUGGAGUCCGUAUGUACAGCAUUUUAGUAAGAAACUUUGAACAUGCAAAGGUAUUUGAUUUUACUGCCUGAAAUGUAACUCCACCUACAGCAGUGUCUUUAACUAGCCAAGAACUUAGGUCAACAUGCACCCAGGGUUAUUCGUGGGCUGAGAGCAAUCGGUGCAGACUAGAUCUUUUGAUAAGCAGUAGUUGACUUGUCAAUACACUGAAACAUAGGACUAUUAUUCGGCAUUGAAAUUCAUGAAUUCAGACUUUGACCUAAUGGCUAUUUAAAAUAUAGACAGAUUUUAAAAAUAAAAACAAACUAUAUACAUACACAUUCACAAACACUCCAUUGUACGGAAAUGUUUACUCUGUGCAUGGUAGCUCAGUCAGACAAAUGCUUUAACUAUAGUGGGUGAAUUAUACUUUCAGUGCAUGGCGAUGGAGUGUGGAUCACAGGUAGAGAGAUGUUCUCUACUUGAAAAGGCCUGUGCUACAUCAUCAUACACUGGAGCCUUUAUAUGUUUAAUUUAAUAGAAGCAAAGGUAAAGAAAAUGCUUAUAGUACAGGGAUAAAAUGGCAUUUACCGUACUUACAUGUGCCAUUAUUUACAUCUUCCAGUAAGUGUGAUAUUGUCACUCGUAAUAUGAGUGGGCCCUAGGAAGAUUUCAUAUACCUUGUAGCUGUGUUAAUCACGGGGCUCCACUUUGAAGUCUGAGAAUAUAGAAGUAACAUUUUUUUAUUUUUAGAAUUCUUACUUUUUUCAUUUCAUCCCAUUUGGAGUAUACAAGGCAACUCAGGGUCUCUAAUACGUACAGUAUACAUAUCAAAUCAUGAUCAUCAUACAUACAGUUGAUGUUACCAAUACACUGAACCCGAGGAAUCCUAAAACCCAACUGCGUCACAUUUUUUAAAAUUUAUUUUUUUAUUAUAACUUUUCAAUAAAAAAAUUAGAAAUCGUUUAAUGUCUUAUCCGCUGGUCAGUGUCUUAAGAUGCCACGUUAUUUUAACUCUCCUCAAAGAGCACGUUUUGUAAAUUGGCUGCUGGGUGGUUUCCAACUAUCCAGCCAUUUAAUAUUUACUUCCAUGAGGUUUAUCCUAUGAACUACUACCACUUUAUUUUUAUUUUAACCAUACCUUUAACCUAGUACUUGAAACUAAGGGCAUUUAGGGCUGCUGCAAUUUAAAUGGACAACUUUUGAAACAUUUUAAAUGUAAAAAUUUUAAAGGGACACUAUAGUCACCAGAACUGCAGCUUAAUGUAGUUUGGUGAGUCCCUGCACCUCCAGAUGGCUACUAUGGGUGCUUCCUGGGGCAGUGCUACACAGUGUGAUUGACAUUCAGUGUCUCCACCCUCUGCAUGCAGACACUGAACUAUCCUCAUAGAGCUGCACUGAUCCAAUGCACCUCUAUGAGGAGAUAAUGAUUGCCCAGGGCAGGGGUAGGCAACCUUUUAGCAGCACUGUGCCGAUAUAGGAUUGUGAUGUCCUAUUUUUUUAAAAUUGAGAUGUGUAUGCUGCUGUAUUCUGCUUGUGUUAUUUAUACUGUAAUUGCUUUGUAUUGUUGUAUUUGUGCGUAUAAGAGCUAUUAUAUUGUAUAUGUUCAGGAGUAGUUUGUGGUAUCAUGUAUUUAUACAUAUGAAUUGCUUGUGGAAUUGUGUGUAUGUGAAUGGAUAUGUCACAUUUUGUUUGGUAGUGUGUGUAUGUGUGGGGGCUGUUUGGGGUAUUGCAUGUGAGAGGCUGCAUGUGGGGUUGUGUGCAUGUAUGUGGAUUGUUAGCGGGUUAUGUUUGUGCGGAUUGUAUGUAUGUUUGCUUGUGGGCUGUUCGCAUUAUUUGUAUGAGGGGAGGGUUAUUGUGCAUAUAUCUAGCAGUAUGGGUGGCUUCCUUGGGUUCCAAUGGGGACCAGGCUGGCCAGGUACAGGUCAAGGACAGGAGUUGCAACAGCAGCUGUGGACUGCUCUACUACAGUGUGGAUUCCCAUUCACAAGUGCUGGGAGGAAGUGAUCUGAGAUCACUUACUCUAUGUGCUGCAAUGCAUAAAUUGAGGAUUGUCCUUCACCACCUUUGCGUAUUAGCAGAUAUCUGAAGUCUCACUGGGAUUCCUGAUAGGCCAGAGCCUGUUUGGCUGUAGCAGCCUUGAGUGCCGUGCAAAGACACCUUGAGUGCCGUGCAUGGCACUAGUGCCGUAGGUUGCUUACCCCUGGCCCAGGGCAUUAGAUUACUUCAGAACAUCUAAGCAUGGUAAAAAAAUGGGGUUGAUUUGAGCAGGUUUUGCACAUGCCUAGUGUCCUUUAAAAGGGACACUAUAGUCACCAGAACAACUACAGCUUAUUGAAUUUGUUCUGGUGCACUCUAACGAAAUGACUGUGACAUAGCAAUUAGUGGUUGACAUUUGUGGUUAACUGGGGGAAACACUGCAAGUAGGGUAAUCCGUAUCUGCAUGGGCUUGUUUUCCAGAUGCCUUUGAAUUUUCACAGAAAAUAGUGUGAAUUAUAGAACUUAUUUUCCUCACUUGGACAAAUUACACAUAGCUGUUUAAAAGAUGUAUUGCACAGGAGAGAACCAGGACUAACACAUUUCAUUUUGCUUCACCUUUAUUAGGCCUCUUGUCCCACGGCCUAAUAUAUAUUAAUCUUGAUCACUGUGCAAUAAAUACAUUUUAACAACUUGCACCGACAGACCAAGCAGGUUAAAUGACAAUAUGACAAUAGAAUUAAUACAACACCUUGACAAGUCUUUCAAGAAUUCCUGUGUAACAAAGAAAACAAACGUAUUGUUGAGAAACAGCAGAUCUGUUAGUGAUAGGACCAGAGGAAGUCAGAAGCUGUCAGCAGAAAAUAUGAUUUAAAUAAAUAUGGCAACAUAUAUUUAAAAAAAAAAAACCUCUUCUAAAGAAUCUUGGGGAUAUAUGAAAAAAAGAACAAGAAUACCCCAAUCACAGGCUUCUCAUUGAGAAAGCUGUGUUCUGGGGUCGCAAGUGAUUCUGGUUUUCCUAUGCUUCUCAACGAGAAGGGCCAGGAAAGUUUCUGCCUCCAGUUGUAAAAACGCUGAAAUGCCCUUUAUGCAUCUUGUAUCUUCUUUUUCUUUCUCAUUUUGCAGUGAAAUGAUUUGGGGGUGCUGUAGCUAAAUGGUGGCCCUGCAAGGUGUGCAUUUGAAUAGUUUGCUUUGUCUGUAACCUUUAACGGAAUGAUUAUAUUUACAUGCAAUUUGAAUACAGCUGCAUAGGGAUCUUUGACUGGUUUUAUACACUGGUGAUCCAAACUGUAAAUAACAGGCACUCCAGAAACAGUCCAGGGGUUGUUAUGGUGUUUAGUGUCCCUUUUUUAAAGGGACACUAUAGUCACCAGAACAACUACAGCUUAUUGAAUUUGUUCUGGUGAGUAGAAUCAUUACCUCCAGGCCUUUUUUCUGUAAACACUGUCUUUUCAGAGAAAAUGCAGUGUUUACAUUACAGCCUAGUGAUAACUUUACUGGCCACUCCUCAGGUGGCUGUUAGAGAUCCUUCCUGGGUCAUGGCUGCCUAAAAUGCAUCCAAACAUUCAGUAUCUCCUCCCUCUGCAUGCAGACACUGAACUUUCCUCAUAGAGAUUCAUUGAUUCAAUCCAUUUCUAUUAGGAGAUGCUGAUUGUCCAGAGCUGUGUUUGACUUGUGCUGGCUUUGCCUCCUUGACAAUCUCAGCCAGUCUAAUGCUUUCCUAUGGGAAAGCAUUGUGAUUGGCUGAGAUCAUCACUUCUGAUUAUGUCAACCAAGGGGCAGAGCCAACACCAGCAGACUGAAAUAAAAUUAAGAUUUUACUAUAUGCAGGGGGCCUCUAGAAAGUAUUUUUAAUUCGAUAGGAUCAGGAAUACACUUGUGUUCCUGACCCUAUAUUCAUUUAAUUUUGAUUUAAUUUCUCCAUUUGAUGUGUUUUGAUCUCUCUUUCAUUCAUUCAUUCAGUAGUGUUUUAAUUCCUCCCCCCUCAUUAAUCAGAUAUCUUUAGUUUUAUUAAGAAUACAUUUUGAAGCUUUCUUGCAGCAUAACUCUGCUCCUUAGCCACAUCAUCUUAUCACAAUCUUUCUCAGUGAUUGGCUGUGGGAUUGAAUCUUAUGAGCAGCUCACGCAGAGUUGUCAUUGGCAAGUCUGUGUACGAUCAUAGGGCAAUUCCAUUCAGUAACAUGUUUUGGAACAACUAGUUAACGGACUGUUUUAUAUUGCAGAAACUUAAAAAUGUAUUUUUUUUUUAUAAUUAUAUACACACACUCAUACAAACACACACUCUGCAUUAUAUACACACACUGUGUAUAUAAUGCAGAGUGUGUGAACUGGGUGGGGGGAGGGCAUUUUUAUUAUUUUAAAUUUUUUUUUUUUUUUGUCCCCCCCUGCCUGCUUGUUAACUGGUCAGGGAGGGGGGCUAUCUUAAUCCCUGGUGGUCCAGUGGCAUGGGCUGUGAAGUGGGGGGGCCGGCAGGAAGCAUUUACUUACCUUUCCUGCAGCUCCUGUCAGCUCCCUUCUCCUCCGUUCCGGUCAGCUCCACUGUAAGUCUCGCGGUCUGGUUGCCGCGCGGAUCGUUGCCAUGGCUCUGACGGCCGCGGCUCUCUAAGUUGCCAUAAUACAGACAGUGACUCGAGUAUAAGUCGAGUGGGGGUUUUUAAGCACAAAAAUUGUGCUGAAAAACUAGACUUAUACUCGAGUAUAUACUGUACUUCUCUUUAAAGCAUAAGAUAAAGUAGGGACUAUUUUUCGCUUAUGUAGAUUUCCCACUCUUGACAAAGGAUGGAGCUUAAGGCUAUCUUGUCAAAGCUAAUGUCUUUACAUUCUCACUACUACUCUUGACAAAGGUUGGAGCUUAAGGCUUUUUUCUCUGAUAUUUAGGAGUUAAAUAACUUUAUUUGUGGCCCUAGCCCCACCUUCCCAGGUUAGAAACAUAGAAUGUGACGGCAGAUAAGAACCAUUCGGCCCAUCUAGUCUGCCCAAUUUUCUAAAUACUUUCAUUAGUCCCUAGCCUUAUCUUAUAGUUAGGAUAGCCUUAUGCCUCCACCACCUCCUUUAAACGUCCUUUAAAGAGGACUCCUUAAUAAAGGACCACUAAGGCACGUAGGCCACUUCAUCAAUGAAAAUGUCCAGGUGCUAUUACCCUGUAGUUUUAACACAUGAAUGCAAAAUUAUUACAUUGCAAGGUUAACGUGAACGUGAAGUGAAAAUUAAAGCAGCACUGUCAAAAUCACCCUCCCCCCUUCUUAAAAAUUAGUGUUUUAUGAAGAUAGAAUCUUUAUAAAAUACUUAUUUAGAUUGUUUGUUAGAAUUUCACUGAAAUUCCAACCCAGUCAAGAGAGAUACUGAGACAAAUACUACUUUGGUUCUGUAUCCUUCUGCCUGACUUUCUUACACUGUAGCUCCGCUAAGAGUCUAAGUCCCGAGGGCUGCAGAGAAUUGAAGAGGAGGACGAUGGUUGGGCCCUCGAGGGACCGAUUCAGGUAAGUAGAACUCUACCUGACUCUUAGGUCUUCCAGACAGACGCUAGAGGCACUUUCACUCCGACAGAGUGAAACUGUCUUGUGAUUGACUCUUAGAGACCAACUGAUUGGAGCAGCAUUUUGCCGCCCAUGCACACUAGCUUCCCAAUGUUUUCCUAUGGAUUGGCUAAAAUCAUAAAUUUUAAAGAUCUCCACCAAGGUGGCUGUGCAGCAGGAUGGAGACUGGCAUGACAAGGGCUAAAAUGUAAGUUAAUGCUUGUCUUUUAAACCCUCAAAGGCGUGUUCCUUUAAACUUCCCUAAUUCCACAGUGUGUGUUUUUGUUUUUUAAUUUAGAAUCUUGUAUCUCCUGCUCUAGUUAGUAGUCUGCAUUAGCCUCCUGUGUGUGAUUAAACUUUAAUUAACUGAGCAGGAGGUAAGAACUUCUGAAAUAAACACACUAUGGUUUGAAAAUUAACCCCCACGCCCUCCCUCCUUCAUGAGAGCAGUGUGAGUCACAGCCACAGGUGGUAUGCUAGGACUGUAUAAACUGCUUUCUCCUAAAUUGCAGAAAAUUGAGUAGUGAGACUGCACGGGCAUGAUCUAUACAUCAAAACUGCUUCAUUAAUCUAAAGUUAUUGUUUGUUUGAAGUAUCCUUGUCCGCAAUCAUACACUGUUUGGAGGGUGAAUAAUUUAUUUGAACAGCAUGGUAGUAGUAGUCUAUUUUCUAUCCAUUUACCGCGGCAUUCAGUGGUGAAAAAAGUAUUCCACUUGUAUCCUGCAGGUGAUUCUCAGGUCAAUGGUAUCUGUAUAGCAAUAGCAAGGGUAAAUUCAAGCUGUGAUUAGUGUAACUUUUUAAAUUGCCGUAUUUGUUGGUGCCUUCUCAAUGGCAAUAACAUUAUCAUGAGGUUCCUACAUGUCAGAUGUGUUUUUUUGCAACCCUACGUUUUGAUGUCUUUUACAAAACAUUUCAACCAGUAUUUUUUAAUUUUUUUAAAACUUUUUUUAUUUCUAGGAACAUCAUCUCCAACGAGCAAUUUCAGCACUGCAGGUCUAUGGAGAGAAGCGGGAUAAUAUGGUUAUUCCAGUCCCAGAGGCAGAGAGUAACAUUGCCUAUUAUGAAUCUGUGUACCCAGGGGAAUUUAAGAUGCCAAAGCAGCUCAUUCACAUACAGCGUGAGUAGCAUUAACUCACAUUUUGCGGUGCUAGUGAGGGAUCCUUUUUGAGAUCUUGUGAAACGCCCAUUGUGUGAUAACCUGCUGGUAACACUAGUCUUAAAUGUUGUCAAUGAUACAUUAUUUAAAAAUCUUUUAGCAUGCACUUUCUGUUCUUCAUUCUACAGAAUGCCAUGCAUCGUAAGAUAUUUCGGUAAUCUUUUGUUACUGAUAGUGAAUGCUUAUUUUGAACAGAUACAUUAAUGGGAUAAUUCACUAAAGAGAGAAUUUAAACUGUAUUUCAAAUUUAGGCCAGAGUUGCUGACCUGAAAGCAUAGCUGACUUAGAGAUCUUUUCCAGGUCAGAUAUUUUGGCCAUAAAUUAGAAUUUCACUGUGUAUUUUAAUGUUAGUGGAAAAAUCCUGCAAAGUAUAUAUACAUUUUUUUUCUUCUUCUUUUUUUCAAUGCCAUGUGUUAAUAUAUGGGUAUAGAAUUUGUAUUUUCCUUUCUUUAGACUUGUGUUCUUUUAAUGUAAACUGCUGCAAACCCUGUUAGAGCCCUUUGUCAUGAUCCCUUUGCUCUGUUUUGUGAGACACAUAAGUUGUAACUAAUCUUUUUUACUUAGUAACCCCCUUUUAAGUGUGUGUAUUUUCAUUGUAGCCAUGCUCUAGGCUCAUGCCAAUUUGUUGUUUUUUAUUAUUUAGCUUUUAGUUUGGAUGCUGAGCAGCCAGAUUAUGACUUGGACUCUGAAGAUGAUGUCUUUGUGAAUAAGCUGAAAAAGAAAAUGGAUAUCUCUCCUCUCCAGUUUGAAGAGAUGAUCGACAGAUUAGAAAAGGGCAGUGGACAGCAGGUAAACCCCUUCUCGCCCUCCCUCUGGCAUUUAAGAUUUGUAAAUAACUGUUGGCGCUAAAAAUCAAUGCUUCAGUGUACUACUGGCUCUCAAUCUCUUCCCAGCCAGUUAAUCUCCAGGAGGCCAAACUGUUGUUGAAGGAGGAUGAUGAAUUGAUAACAGAAGUGUAUGAGUAUUGGAUUAAAAAGAGAAAAAACUGUCGUGGUCCCUCUCUCAUACCAACAGUGAAGCAAGAGAAGCGAGAUGGCUCCAGUACGAGUGACCCAUAUGUAGCUUUCAGGAGGCGCACUGAAAAGAUGCAGACCAGAAAGGUGAGUGAGGCUCUGCAUGUUUUACAGUGCAAGGCAAUCUCUUGUUUAGGCAUAGUCUAUGGAGGCUCCUACAGGAUCUUCCAUAGACAUCAGUGUUGUACUCUCGCGCAUGCGCAAGAUUAAAGCACUGAUGUGGGCUGUGGGCAGAUCAAACCCUAGCAGCUGAAGACCAUUUCCCAGAUAGAGAUGGCAGAGGCCAUGAGGGACAGCAUCAGGAAUAUAAAAGCUACCUUCCCUUGCACCAACGGACCAUCGCACAUCGAUUGGUUGUUUGCAAAGUAUGCUAAGACCAUACAAGAUGACAGAGCCACUUUGGACAUGGGAUUCACACUUCUUUGGAAGUGACCGUUCUGCUUUCUUUGCCCCAGUGAACAAUAUUACAGUGUUUAAUGGGAGACUUGUGGAGACUUCAAUGGCCCAUGAUGUCUUAUGAACAUAUUUGCCCAUUCUGCAUUUUCUCUAGCAGUGCCAUAAACAUGCAUACACUUAUAUACUUUCCCCGGCACGGCAUAUAAAGAAAAAUAAAAUAUAUACUAAAAAAAAGUGAUUCUAUAGCUAACUUUUACUGCACUACUAGAUUGUGCUAAAUUGAAGGAAGUGACAAUGUGUCUUUAAACUUCCUUCACAGUACUGUGGUAAAUACAUUCUCUGGAUUAUCUAGAUUUCACAUUUUAAUUCCUAGUGUAUAACUUUUUUUCAUCUUUUGCAGAAUCGAAAGAAUGAUGAAGCUUCAUAUGAAAAAAUGCUAAAAUUACGUCGGGAUCUAAGUCGAGCAGUCACCAUUCUGGAAAUGAUUAAGAGGAGAGAAAAAAGCAAGAGGGAAUUGCUGCACUUAACACUGGAAAUAAUGGAGAAGAGGUCAAUUUUUUUUAAAUUUUUUUUUUUUUUUAAAUAGCUACAAUAUUUUUCCUUCUGGUUUUGCUAUAGUUAAUAUAUAGGGAAUCCACGGCCAUGAUGGAUACCUUUCCAACGUUGUACACAGGAAAGGAUACAUAUGAAUUCUGUCUGGUGUAUUCAGUCUUCUAAUGUUUAGAUUGUUAAGCAAAGUAGAUUUUUUUUCUUUUUAAUUAAUCACCAUAAUAAUGGACUGUAUAUUUUUAAUGUUUUAAAUCUAUUUGGGGUAAAGGAUUUAAUUCUUUAUUUGCAGGUAUCACCUAGAUGACUAUAAUGGAGAAAUCAUGUCAGAGGUUAUGGCACAACGUCAGCCAUUAAAGCCUACCUAUGCCAUCCCUAUAAUCCCUAUUUCUAGUAGUCCAUUUAAACAUCAGGAUACAAUGGAGAUUAAGACCAUUAAGGUAAGGUGUUUUAUGGUAUGCAACUUGUCUAUAACAUUAUUGUAGUGUAUUAUUGCACAAUAUUUUUAUGUUUUAUCACCUUUAUGACAAAUUUAAAGACAAAAAACUGAGCAUGUGGGAAUGGUCUUGCAGGAGUAAGCUUGUGCAUCAGUCUUUGCCCACAGGGGAUUUGUUAACCUACUUUGGCCCUAGCACUAACUCCAAGUGGCGGGUAUGGCAUGGUGGUUGUCCAGAAGUGUAUAUUAUAUAAUCUCUUAACUAAACAAUCCUACUAUGACAAGACUUCACAAGAACUUGAAUAGUCCGUAUCUUGAGGCUGAAACUGUGAACCUAAUGGCCUGAAUACCAUAUAGAUUCAGGUAGAAAGACAAUUGCGCUUGGGCCCGGGAUAUAGGUACACAUAGUAGACCUCCAGAUGCACACCCAAAGUUUACCUUGUAGGUUAUAGAAUACAUGAAAUCUUGAGGAUUGAUGACGUUAGUCUGAAUUUCACGGUUUCUAGGACUAACAUAAUCAUUGGAGGUAAUAACUAGAUCUUUUAAUUUAAAUCAGUCUUCUUUAAAGAAAAUAAUGGACAAAGAGACCGUCCUAAGCAUUAGCAUUUAGCAACCACACUCCUACAGAUAGACUCUCGCAGCCAUAAGGCACUGUGAACGAGAAAGCAGCCUUGAGGACUUGAUCCAAAAGAGGACCACCACAGUCCCAUACAGUUCCUGCACACAAAGGUUUUAACCCAGAAGUUUUUACAUCCUUCUGGGUAGCAAAACAGAUACUGCACAAUGUUUCAAAAGUUGACCGUGACACAUACCCAUGUUAACCCCUAGUAAUCACCUACUACAUAGAUGAAAACCUAAUCUAACUAAUGUCAGAUGUUCAUUAGAUGAUGUUGAUGCAAAAUCGAUCAUCUUCUCAUACUAUGUUUAAGUUGUAUUUUGAGUAUUUAAACUCCGAAGAAUGGAUCCGAAAUGAGGCAUGAAAAUGGGCAUCUUUUUAAGAGCUAGUUGUAUAAGACUUGGUAGCAUUAUCUGUGCACUGAGUAACAUGAGCAGUAGUAUGUGCUUUAUUUAAGCUUAACCUCUGCAAAUUUAGAAAAAAAUACUGGGAUUUGAUAGUUUAAUAAAUAAAAAGUUGUCUUACAUAUGUGCCAAAUCAUGAUUUUUGUCAUGUGGCACAUGAUCUGCAUUCAGCCUUCCAGAUCACUUGAUGUUGUGUAGAGUGCAUUUAAAACCACAUGUCACUGUAGUACUGUCGUCCACAUGCACCGAAAUGUUUUUGAAAAGCUUCAGAUCCAUAUUACAUCUGCCUCAAAAUAUGAAUGUGAGUGUGCAGAUUAGCUCAAUAACCAGAUGGCUUUAGUUUUCCUUUGAAAGGAUAACUUUCUUGAAAAAUUUUGUAGGUUUUACAUCAUGUGGUGUUUUUUUUUUUUUUUUGGUUUUUUUUAACCAUGAUCCCCCUCUGCUGGAGGACAAAUACAUUUUGCAUUAACCAAAGAUUAUAAUUUUUUUGUUUCUUGCUACUUUUACUUUGUAGUUUGAAGUUGAACUUCAAUGGGGAGCAGGUGUGCUUUGAAAAUGUAUUUAUUUUUCUUCAUACAAUAAAUGAGAUUGUUUGUUUAUUGGACACCGAAUUGCAAAAUUCAGAUCAUAUUUCUAUAUGGCUAUAGAAAAAUUUGCUAAAAUGCUUAAGAAUCCUAUAGUUUUUUUAAAAAGAUUUUUUUUUUUUUUUGUUCUAUAAUGUUUUAGCAAGAAAAAAGUGAUGCACGACCGAAGCGAAAAUAUGAAAAAAAGCCCAAAGUCUUGCCCUCCUCUCCUGCUGCUCAACAGACCAGCCCUGCUGCACUGCCAGUGUUUAAUGCUAAAGAUCUGAAUCAGUAUGAUUUUCCCAGCUCUGAUGAUGAACCCAUGUCCCAGGUAAUGUGCAUUUUAGGUAGAAAUUCUAAUCAAAUUUUUUUAAAAGGGAAAUGGUCAUUACAGCAAUUUAGGCCUUUUUUAUUCUGUUUGGUAUAUUAACCACAUUAUGUCUUUCCAAAGGUUUUGUCAGGUUCUUCAGAAGCAGAGGAAGAUAAUGAUCCAGAUGGUCCAUUUGCUUUCCGUAGGAAAGCUGGUUGUCAGUACUAUGCUGUAAGUAUAACAAGUCUGUUCCAACUGUUGAUAUCAACAGGACUAUUCACAAGUGAAAUUUAAAUUCAAGGUAUAAAUAGCUGCACUCAACAAUGCUUCAGGUUCAGCUCCUUUAGCCUUUAUUUUGGAAUUGACUUUGAAUUUUUACUUUAGUGAAUAACCCUGCAGGUUAAGAAGUGUUUGUUUUAAUAGAGUAAUGACACUCUAUCUUUCUCUUUUGGGGAUUUCAAGCCACAUUUGGACCAAACUGGCAACUGGCCUUGGUGUAGUCCUGAGCAAGGAGGGCUUGGAGACAUUCGCUAUAGAUACUGCCUCACUACCCUCACUGUACCCGGCAGGUGUAUUGGGUUUGCACGAAGACGGGUUGCACGUGGUGGAAGGUAAACUUUGUUUUCAGAUUUCAUUUUAUUUUCCAGUAAUCUGGAAUUGUAGUUGGCUUGCCUAUAAACUUAGAAUAUGCUUUCCCCAUGUAGCCUCUCCGGGGUACUACUUUUCACCUGGUAUAAAAUUAACAUCUGGUAAUAAAAAAUAAAAAUAAAGUAAAUAAUAAAAUUACCCUCUUCAUCUCAUUGAUGUUGUUUGUGUCUGGAGCAGCAAUGGGCGGUGGUGAUUGACUGUCUGCUGACUGCUUUCAGCCAAUGCCAACCAUCAAUUUCUGGUAUAAAUUGCUAUGGCUAAAGAAGAGUAUAAUCUCUGCCUUAGCCAUACCUCCAUUGGGAGCUGGGCUGUGGUUGGCCAAGGACCCCAUUUAGGGCUAAAUUGCUUUAAAAAAAUGUUAAGAGCAGAGCAAGGGGACUCCAGGCACCAUGAAAUUAAAUGGUUAGAGUGUCUCUUUAAAUGGAACACCAAGGCCAUCUUCACUAUUAUUGCUUAAUGUACCAGUCAGAUAUUUUGGUUUUAAUUUUUCCUUACAGCGGAGAUUAGUCUGAUGUGCCAUUACAAAGUUGAACGUAUAACAUUAAUAUAAGCCUGUAUUUGGCCAAGGCAGUACGUAAUAUAAAUGUGUGCUGUGUCUUUAAAAUCAAAAACUGUAAGAAAAUGCAAUUGAUACGUGCUGAAGUGCAAUUAUGAUUGCUAAUAAGUGCACUAUUCAAGUAAAGUGGAAUUCACAGUGUAUGCUUAUACAACAUCACAUGCACACAGAUAUAUAAAAAGCAAAAGAGGAAAAAAUUGUGUAAUUCUGUAAGUGAUGAUUCUGAAAUUAAAUUACAAUCACAAAUAAAGAGCAGUUAUAGUCUGAUCUAACUAUGAUAGCUCCAAAGUGGAAUCCCAGCUGGUAACUGUAGGUAGCAAAUUUCCAAAUACUGAUGGUAGGCAGCAUAUAACUGUAAUGAACACAACUUUAUUGAGCAUAAAAAACAUAAUGCUUGUAGAGAGGCAGCUCCUUCACUAUAACAUCAUUCCAUCCCAGCUAAGCAGUACCGCAAAGAUAAUGUACAAAAAUUUAAAUACAUACUUUAUUAGAAACCAUAUAAAAUGUAUGCUCAUGUUUUAUAUUAAGAAACAAAUAUGCCAUUACAAAAGUUACUUACAUUAGCUAUUGCAUUAAUAUAAACCUAUAUUUGAGACCUUUGGGUUGAGGCAGUACAUAAGGUCAAAUGUUAAACUUGUUAGCAGUGUACAGUGCCUCAUGCUGUGACUAGUGCAUACUUUACAGAUUGCUACAAUUAACGUGCUGCAUUUAUUCCUUCUGACCAACCACUCCAUAUAACAUGUGGUGGGUUUUUUUUUUUUUGUUUUUACAUAUUUGUUUUUGAUAAGUUGUUUCUAAAACAUUUCUUGUUCAAUUUAUCCUUUAGGGUGGUCCUCGACAGAGCAUAUUCGGACUACGACAGUGCUUUUCGUCAGCUGGAUGUUUAUACGCUUUCCUCUCCAGAACACUCUUCAAUCAAUUCAUUUGCCAAUACCUCAGAAACUAAUACCUCGGAUAAAUGUUUCUCUAAAGACCUCAGCCAGAUAUUAGUAAAUAUAAAAUCAUGUAGGUGGCGCCAUUUUAGGCCUCGGACAACAUCCCUACAUGACAGUGACAUUAAUGACUUCUCCUAUAGAACGUUUCACAAAGGUAUAACUCGAACAGGCACAGCACAACCUGGGACCCAGACUUGCAGUACCUCGACAUCAAGUAAAAGUAGCAGUGGUUCAGCACACUUUGGUAUGUUGUCUACAUUUUUAUCAAAACAUAUCCUUGGAUGCUGGUUUCUUAGCCCAAGAGUGAAUGUCCUGGUGUGUGUUACAGAGAAUUUCAUUUUCAUUUGCUUCUGGUUGUUUCAAUUGUAUAUAUUUUAUCAUACAACAUGGCAAAGUAACCAUGUAUUGCAGACUAUGAAUGUGUAUUUGUUCUGUGGUUUUUAGAUGGAUGUUUAUUUUUGUUCUCAUUUACUUAUACCAAGUAUGCAGAUAUAGUGGGGGGUGGUAUUAAUGUGACCUGACGUGUGAUUAGAUCGACAUUCUGAUAACCCGUUAAAUGUUCAAUUUAUAAAUAAAUACAUAAUUAAAAAAUGUAAUUGAUGUGAAAACACUAGUGAACCUCCUUUUACCAACAGUAACUUUAAUCAAACAUGUCCAAUCCUGCUGAACAACUCUACAAUAUGUAUUUUGGUAAAUUUAACAUUUCAGAACUGCUUCAGAAGGCACUAUCCAAGUCCCAUACCUGCAAUAGAUUUCAUGCCAGACUAAGGGUCCCAUGAGCCAGCAGCUGAAAGCUACACAAGCUUCUAUAAAUUGAGCACUUUAAGCAUCAUAACAACUAGGGAUCGACCGAUUAUCGGUUUUACCGAUAUAAUCGGCCGGUUAUCUGUAUUUUCGGCAAUAUCGGUAUUGGCCAAUUCAGAUACCGAUAUUGCCGAUAAUACCUCCUAGGACCGCCAGGCUCAUUAAAAACCUGGGGGGGCGGGCAGCAAGCGCUUACUCACCUCCCAGCAGCUCCCCGGUGUAACUCUCGUGAGACCCGUGCGGCACGCUGGCCGCGAGACUUACACUGGGGAGCUGGAGGAGCUGCUGGGAGGUGAGUAAACGCUUGCUGCCCGCCCACAGCUCAGCCAAUUCCACUGGACCACCAGGGAAUGCUAUAUCCCCUCUCCCUGGCCAGGCAACAAGCAGGGAGGGGGGACAACAAAAAUAAAUAUAAAAAAAUAAUAAUUUAAUAAAAUGCCCGCUCACAUACACUACAUAAACAUAGUGUGUGUAUAUAAUGCAGUUUGUGUAAUGUGUUUAUAUAAUGCACACUACACAAACACUGCAUUAUAUACACACACUAUACAAACACACACACUCCAUUAUAUACACAUACACUACACACACUAUAUAUAAUGCAGUGUGUGUUUGUGUAGUGUGUUUAUAUAAUGCAGUCUGUGUAUAUAAUUCAGUGUUUGUGUAGUGUGUUUAUAUAAUGCACACUACACACACUGCAUUAUAUACACACACUAUACAAACACACUCUGCAUUAUAUAAACACACUACAUUCACUAUACACACACACACACACUCUGCAUUCAUUAUAUACAAACACACUUUGCCUUUAGUAUAUAUAGCAUUCACUUUACGCACACUUACCCACACACUACACAAACACUCUGCUUUCAUUAUAUACACACUACACUAAUACACACUUCAUCCACUAGACACACACACACUACACACACACACACACACACACACACACACAGCGCUCCCCUGUCUAAACACACUGCAUCCACUACACGUGGCAUGUAUAUUUUGUGCAUUUACUUUUAGAAAUAGUUUUUAUUUUCCAAAAUGGUAAAUGUACAGAAUAUCAGCAAAUGAUAUCGGCUAUCGUCCUGAAAGUUCACAGAAUAUCGGUAUCGGCUCUAAAAAAUCAAUAUCGGUCGAUCCCUAAUAACAACUGUAUAGUACUAUGUGGCUAUGGUGCCAGGAGUGUCCUGGCUGACCCAUUGUAAGUAGUCAAUCCAUUUUAGAGCGGUUAGACUUCUUACCUGGGAUCUGCCCGGCACUGUUAUCUGAAUCCACUACCUCAGCCAGAAAGCCAGGAGCUCUUGAUUCAGUUGGCUCUUCUAGCUCAGCCUUGCAGUGUAAGGUUAGCUCAUUGGCUGAGAACCACUACUGGCACCGUAACCACUACAGUAAACCGUUGUGGUUAUGGUGCUUGGAAAGUUCCUUUAACUUUGCGCUUCUGGAUUACUUUCAGUUCAGCUGCUGCUCAUCUAUCAGUGUGUUUUUAGGAUUAUUCUGUAGGUGUAGUUCAUGUGUUUUAAGUAAUAAAUUACACUUUUUCUUUUGGGGAUUUCAAGCUACAUUUGGACUCCGUGGCUGUUGCUGGUAGCAUUUGGCAUUCAUUUUUUUUUUUUUUUUUUUUUUGCAAUUACCAUACCACCAAGUCUCACUGUUAAGAUGGAGUUCUUCUGUUUUAGCAUUUAGUUUUGCUAACCAUGACCUAUGAUUCUCAAUUAUUCCAAAACUUCUCAUUUUUACAUUCUACUAAAAUAUAUUUUAGUCCGACAUGUGAUGCCAGCAGACUUGACAUGGGUGUCAAUUAUAAAUUUAUUUAUUUAUUGGGGGGGGGAGGGAGGAUGAUAAAAUAAAGUGGGUAUGGGUCAGGUCCCAAAAUUACACCUGAUUUGCCCUUUCAAAUUAUCCUGGAGUUAUAUAUUUCUCUUGAAUAAGUUCUGUGAAGUUUGUAUGAGCAUGUUUUGUAUAGACAUUACAGGUUUGUGUGUGCACAUGCAGGUAGUUAAGAUUUCUGUCUUAAUCAGGUAACACUUUAGUGUUUGUUUUUGUGCAAUAUUACCAUAAACCUGAAGUUUUACUAGCAUUAUCUCAUCUAAGUUUUGAUAUAUCUAUAGACUUUUUACUGUAUCAGGAAGAAAUACAGAAGCAAAAGGAAACUUUUUUUUUUUUCUGUUUUUGCUACAGCAUGUUAAAUUAUUUAAGUCUAAUAUUGCAAUCCGAUUUUAUCCGAUUUUAUAGCACUGCAGGAAAAUUACACAAUUGAAAGAAAAUAAACUAACCAGAGCUAUUUCAGCUUAUUGGCUUUAACCCCUUAAAACCGGAGGACGUACAAUUACGCCCUCUAAUAGGCGGCUCUAAACGCCGCCGGGCGUAAUUGUACGCCCUCCGGUUUUUGUUAACUUACCCGGUUGCCGGCGGUCCCACGCCGGCGAUCGCGGUGGGGGGGACUCCCAGGGAGCCCCCCGCGGCACAUCCGUCCUCGUUGAAGCCCCCGGCCAUGUGAGAGUGGGGUCCUAGCGAGGACCCCACAAUCACAUGGCCGGGGAUAGCUGGCUUCUGUAUUGCCGGCAGGGGGGCUGCCUGUAAUGACAGGUGGUCCCCCUGCUGGCUGAAAAUAAAAUAAAAAUAAGUUAAUGGUGUAAAAAAAAAUUAUUAUAUAUACUUAGAUCAUAUAUAGAUCAUAUAUAUAUAUAUAUAGAUAUAUAUAUAUAUAUAUUAUAUAUAUAUGAUCUAAGUAUAUAUAUACACAUAUACAUACACACACAUACACCGUCUAGGUGUAUUUUACUAUUAAUAUAUAUAUAAUUACAUAUAUAUAUUAAUAUCAAAUUACACGUAGACUGAUACUGAUUAAAUAUAUAUAUAAUUAUUGUUAUAUAUAUAUUUAUAUAUAAUAUAAAAAAAAUGUAAAUGUAAAUACGUUAAAAAAUAAAAUUAAAAAAAUUUAAAAUAAAUAAUUAAAUAUAUAGAUGUGUGUUAUUUCGUUCUAACUGUUUUGUGAAAUUAAUAUAUAUAUAUAUCAAAAUACACCUAGAACUAAAUAAUAUAUAUAUCUAUAUACAUAAAUAUAUACGUAUAUAUCACUAUAUAUAUAUAUAUAUAUAUAUAUAUAUAUAUAUAUAUAUAUUAAAAAAAUUAUAUAGAUAUAUACAUAUAUAUACACAUACGUAUAUAUAUACAUAUAUUAAUUCUACAUAUAUAUUUAUGUAAUAUUUUUACAUAAUUAGGUAUCUUAAUUAAUUACAAUUAGCGGGACCUGCCUGACAACCCAUGCCGAAAGUAAAGGGAAUUUAAUUUGCUAGCACUAUAUUUAACCCUAUAACUUUCCGAGACACCAUAAAACCUGUACAUGGGGGGUACUGUUCUACUCGGGAGACUUCGCUGAACACAAAUAUUAGUGUUUCAAAACAGUAAAAUGUAUUACAACGAUGAUAUCGCCAGUAAAAGUGAAGUUUUUUGCAUUUUUCACGCACAAACAGCAUUACACGGACAAUAUUAUUGCUGUGAUACUUUACUGUUUUGAAACACAAAUAUUUGUGUUCAGCGAAGUCUCCCGAGUACAACAGUACCCCUCAUGUACAGGUUUUAUGGUGUUUUCAAAAGUUACAGCGUCAAAUAUAAGGCUUGCGUUUCAUUUUUUUCACAUUAAAAUUCGCCAGAUUGGUUACGUUGCCUUUGAGACCCUAUGGUAGCCAAAGAAUGAAAAUUACCCCUAUGAUGGCAUACCAUUUGCAAUAGUAGACAACCCAAGGUAUUGCAAACGGGGUAUGUCCAGUCUUUUUUAGUAGCCACUUAGUCACAAACACUGGCCAAAAUUGGCGUUUUUUGCAUUUUUCACACAAACAAAUACUAACGCUAACUUUGGCCAGUGUUUGUGACCAAAUGGCUACUAAAAAAGACUGGACAUACCCCAUUUGCAAUACCUUGGGUUGUCUACUAUUGCAAAUGGUAUGCCAUUAUGGGUGUAAAUUUCAUUCCGGGCUACUAUACAGUCUCAAAGGCAACGUAACCAAUCUGGCGAAUUUCAAUUUCAAAUGUAACGUGCUAUAUUUGACCCUGUAACUUCCCAAAACGCCAUAAAACCUGUACAUAGGGGGUACUGUCUUACACGUGAGACUUUGCUGAAUACAAAUAUGUGUAUUUUAUUGCAGUAAAAUCAAACAGUAUUAUGACACUGACCUUUAAAAUGUAAUUUAGAACUAAAAAAAUAAAAAAAAUCGUAUUUUCUCCCAUUUUUUUCAUAUUAAAUUAUGUUUCAUAGCUAAAUAUUUGAUAUUAAAUGAAAGCCCUGUUUCCCCUGAAUAAAAUGAUAUAUAAUAAGGGUGGGUGCAUUUACUAUGAAAGAGGUGUAUUACGGUUGGACAGACAUGUAGCGCAAAUGCCAGGUUUUGUUUACAUUUUGUUUUGUUCACAAUGUGUACAUUUGGCUCCGUCCUUAAGGGGUUAAUUUAAGCUUGACUUGUUUAUAUGCCUGGAAUGUCCCUUUAAGUACACACAUAUGCCUACUGCCUGACCACGUGAAUGCUUAUAACUGUUGUAGCCAAGGGAUAGUGUUGCAUCCAUCAAAACCAGGGAUCCCAGAUUUUAGCUAUAGUUUGAUUUUUGGUGUAAGUGAAGGCAACAUUGCUUCAUAUGCGUAAUUGAGUAUAUUCCAGAGCAGAGUCUCGUUUAUUGCAGUCAUGUAUAGCUUCCAGUCAUGUAUAGCUUCUCAAAAACAAAUUACAAUUAUGAUUUAAUGGCACACUAUAGUCACCCAGACCACUUCAGCUCAAUGAAGUCGUCUGGGUGCCAGGUCCCUCAGGUUUUAACCCUUCACAUGUAAACAUAGGUUUCAGAGAAAUUGCUGUGUUUACAUUUGGGGUUAAUCCAGCCUCUAGUGGCUGUCUUCCAGACAGCCACUAGAGGCGCAUCUGUGACGCUGGAGGCAAAGUGUCCAUAUGCUUUCAUAUGGACACUUUGAAUGCGUGCGCGGCACUUGCCGCGCAUGCACAUUCGGCUCCAGUGACGUCGGACGGGGAGGAGAGGUCACCGGCGUUGGAUUAAGGUAAGCUGCUGCAGUGGUUUUAACCCCUUCACCGCCACGGGAGAGGGACCUCAGGGUGGGGGCACCCUCAGAGUACUAUAGUGUCAGGAAAAACAGCUUUGUUUUCCUGACACUAUAGUGAUCCUUUAAAUUGUAUUCCAGUAAGCGUUGAGCUGUCUUUAAAGCAGCACACAUCCAAAUUCUGUCAGCUUGGAACAAGAAUGGUUUGAAUAUGCUUAGGUGUUGUAGAUAGGCAUGCUGGCUACAUAGGCUGCCAACAGAUGUUUGUUUCAUAAUUACACAGUCCUAUAGACUGAUAAGACUCAAGUUCAGCCUUUCACACGUCUGUGUUACAGCUGUUGAUGCAAAAAAAGGAGAAAAUCCCAUUUGUGGUUUUCAAUUUUACAAAAAAUUUGAGAAAAUAUUUAGUUUUAACUUCAAAGUCAGUGUCAAAUUUUUCCUUGAAUCAAUAAGCUACAUACUUGCAUUAACUAUUAUAUCCUUGAAUAUUCAUUUUAUUUCAAUAAAUAACGUUCAUACAGAAAUUUUUAAGCCUCUGAUUAAAAAAACCUAUUGUUUAAGCAAGUGUCCUAAAACACUUGCCCUUUACACACCACAUGAGGGGUUGUAUAUGAGCUGUAGUCCCUGCUACACUUUUUUUUUUUUUUUUGUCUGAUCGCAUCCCUGGUGCAAGUGGGAGAGACCCUAUAAAGAAAAGUGAGUUCCUAGUACUCUUAAACAAUCCAUGUUGUAAAUAAGCACUCUUACAUUUAGGGGGAAAAGUGAGACAAAUGUACCUCCCAUUCAGUAGGCUACGUUUGAAAUUGCCACCCUUAUUUUAAAAACCGAAAGCAGAGGGGGUGCCUGCUGUGACAUAUUGCAGUUAUGGACAUACAUUCUAGUUCAAAGGUUAUUCAGAAUUUAAUUAAUCAAAGUUAUCCAAGCUGAGCAAACAUGUGCUUUUUCACAGUAAAAAUGGUAUAAAAUAAAGUUUAGGAAAAUACCUUAAUCCCAUCGUUCUGUAAAUCGAUGUACAAAUGAACACAUUAUCUUAAAGGGAUGCUGUAGUCACCAAAACAACUUCUGCAGUUUUACUGCUCAAUUCUCUGCCAUUUAGGAGUUAAAUUUCUUUUGUUUCUGUUUCUGAAGCCCUAGCUACACCUCCGCUGGCUGUGACUGACUCCACCUGCGUGAAAAAAAGUAAUCUCAUUCAGAUGUUUACUUUAGAAGUUUGUAUCUUCUGCUUUUUAAAUUGAACUUGAGUAACACACAGGAUACACCUGCAAAGUGUAGCAAGCUAUUAAUAGAACAAAAGACAUUCUAAAUUAAACAGACUGUGCAAUAAAGAAAAUGUUAACUUUAGAUCUCACUUUGCAGCAAGUAUUUAGGAAGGCUGUGUAAGUCACAUGUAGGGAGUUGUUACUAGUGCUGUAUAAACAGGGAUUUAACUCCUAAUGGCAAAAUAUUGAGCAGUGAGACUGCAGAGGCACCAAAACUGCUUCAUUAAGUUAGUUGUUUUGCUGAGUAUAGUGUCCCUUUAAGUGCUAGGUUUCAAGAUUGUUUGGAGUGAAAUAUAUCUGGUCCAGGCUUUAAGUGUGAGGGGGGAGGUACCUGCUGUAAAAUGAAAGUGAAGCUUGAGCAGUUUACAAACUGUAGGAUUUUUGUGCACAUAGCUGGAAGUUCUUUAUUCCCUCCCUUGAGGAGCAGAAUUGCAGCAGGCUGUAAAAGAGACCCAGUUUGGGAAUAUUUAAAUUAAAUUCCUCUAACUAUGGGUAAAGCAGGUAUGCGUGCAAAAUGCAAGCAGUGCAGCAAAGAAAUGUAAAGCCUUGUGGUCCGACAGAAACAACAUCACAAGUGCUGUGGUGAAAGGAACACUUUUGAAGAGGCAGGACCUUCAGGUUUGUAAACUGGUUUUAUUUCAGCCUAUGGUUUAUUUUAUUUUUGGUUUUUUUUUUUUUUUUUUUCAAUGUAUUUAUUUGUAAAGACUGCCAUGAACAAUAAUAUAUAUUUGUUAUUGUUACUCCAUGGCACUGCAUUUUUAUACAGUUUCUAAAAAGAAAUAUUAAAUUUAAAUAAGCAAAUAUGCCUUUUUUCGGCUGUACUGAGUGAAUACAAUGAGAAAUUCAUGUUAAGCAUAAAUUAGUUAAAUAAAAAUGAUUUAAGUAGUUCUCUAAAUAUGAGUGCUUAACCUAUUAAACUAAAAUCAGUUCUGAUAUAGCGGUUUUACUAAUCUGACAGGUUAUUAUUCUAAAUCUGAAAUCUUCAUCUGGUUGCAAAUAUUAAAGAUAACUACCGGCAAGAAUAAGUCUUUACAUUUAAAAUUCAUGAUUUACUGAAUCGUGAUUUAACCCCUUAAGGACCAAACUUCUGGACUAAAAUGGAAUCAUGACAUGUCACACAUGUCGUGUCCUUAAGGGGUUAAAUUCAAUUCACCCUGAGUGAUGAGGGGCUUGGGAUGUCCAUUGUUCAAUUCCUGCGUACUAUGUGAUGCUGGACUUGGACACAUGAGCUACUGCAUUUGUUGGCCCUCAGGUGCCAGGUAACAAGUUAGGGAGAAAUUGGCUUGAAGGAUAUGAAGUAUGAUAGGGUAAUCCGUAUCUGCAUGGGCUUGUUUUCCAGAUGCCUUUGAAUUUUCACAGAAAAUAGUAUGAAUUAUAGAACUUAUUUUCCUCACUUGGACAAAUUACACAUAGCUGUUUAAAAGAUGUAUUGCACAGGAGAGAACCAGGACUAACACAUUUCAUUUUGCUUCACCUUUAUUAGGUCUCUUGUCCCACGGCCUAAUAUAUAUUAAUCUUGAUCACUGUGCAAUAAAUACAUUUUAACAACUUGCACCGACAGACCAAGCAGGUUAAAUGACAAUAGAAUUAAUACAACACCUUGACAAGUCUUUCAAGAAUUCCUGUGUAACAAAGAAAACAAACGUAUUGUUGAGAAACAGCAGAUCUGUUAGUGAUAGGACCAGAGGAAGUCAGAAGCUGUCAGCAGAAAAUAUGAUUUAAAUAAAUAUGGCAACAUAUAUUUAAAAAAAAAAAACCUCUUCUAAAGAAUCUUGGGGAUAUAUGAAAAAAAGAACAAGAAUACCCCAAUCACAGGCUUCUCAUUGAGAAAGCUGUGUUCUGGGGUCGCAAGUGAUUCUGGUUUUCCUAUGCUUCUCAACGAGAAGGGCCAGGAAAGUUUCUGCCUCCAGUUGUAAAAACGCUGAAAUGCCCUUUAUGCAUCUUGUAUCUUCGUUUUCUUUCUCAUUUUGCAGUGAAAUGAUUUGGGGGUGCUGUAGCUAAAUGGUGGCCCUGCAAGGUGUGCAUUUGAAUAGUUUGCUUUGUCUGUAACCUUUAACGGAAUGAUUAUAUUUACAUGCAAUUUGAAUACAGCUGCAUAGGGAUCUUUGACUGUUUUUAUACACUGGUGAUCCAAACUGUAAAUAACAGGCACUCCAGAAACAGUCCAAGUCUGACCUUGCUGUGGACUUAUUCUGGACUCUACCCAUUUGCUUGCCUGCUAUAUUAUGAUUGUCUGUCAUUAUAUUUUGCACAUUUGGGCAGAAAAGCAUAAUUCUUAAUUUUAAAUAUAUAUAUAUAUAUAUAUAUAUAUAUAUAUAUAUAUUAUAAUAUAUAAUUUUUUUUUUAUUUUUUUUUAAAGAUGCAUUGUUGUGCACCUGAUGGAUAGUUUGCAUGCUGGUCAAAUGUAACUGGAUAGAUUUCUCAGAAGCACAUUCAGAUUCUGUUAAAAUGACAUGUAAGACUUGAUCCUAGGAAAUAGUUUGGCUUUAGUUAUUUGGGUAGUAAUGUAUUCUAAACAUAUUUUUGCGAGGAAAUGUACUUAUUUGCAUAGUAAAUUAUAACUAGUUUUUAUACUCUGAGAAUGUAGAACUACUUAUUUGUAUUAUUCCAUAAAAUUCUUACUAGAAAUCUGUCAGAGGCUUCCUUGUUCCAUAACAUAUGCAGCAUAGGUUGUUAUGGUGUUUAGUGUCCCUUUUUUAAAGGGACACUACAGUCACCAGAACAACUACAGCUUAUUGAAUUUGUUCUGGUGAGUAGAAUCAUUACCUCCAGGCCUUUUUUCUGUAAACACUGUCUUUUCAGAGAAAAUGCAGUGUUUACAUUACAGCCUAGUGAUAACUUUACUGGCCACUCCUCAGGUGGCUGUUAGAGAUCCUUCCUGGGUCAUGGCUGCCUAAAAUGCAUCCAAACAUUCAGUAUCUCCUCCCUCUGCAUGCAGACACUGAACUUUCCUCAUAGAGAUUCAUUGAUUCAAUGAGGAGAUGCUGAUUGGCCAGGGCGGUGUUUGAAUCAUGCUGGCUCUGCCCCUGAUCUGCUUCUGUCAGUCUUAGCCAAUCCUAUGGGGAAGUACUGUGAUUGGAUCAGGCUAUCCCUUCUGAUGUCAGCAGACUGCUUGUUUUUCUGAGUCAAACAGCAUGCAGAGUUACAGCUUCAGGCUUGAAUAUGGUAAGAUUUAUGGAGGCAUGAGGGGCCCAGGGUGGCUAGAUGUUGGUUUUAACACUAUAGGGUCAGGAAUACAUGUUUGUGUUUUUGACCCUAUAGUGAUCCUUUAAGCAAAGCUGCUAACUUAAUUAGAUUUAACAUUGUUUAAACUCUGCUAGACCCGCUUCCGUCUGGUUUCCGCGCUAAACACUUUGUGGAAAUGGAACUGACCAAAGUAUCCAAUGAUCAACUCGCUGCAAAUCUCGUGGUGGUCACUCUAUCCUAAUUCUCCUUGACCUUUCUGCUGCUUUUGACACUGUUGAUCAUCAACAGCUUCUUCUCAUCCUCCGCAAUAUCGGUCUUCAAGAUAUUUUCUCCUGGUGCUCCUCCUACCUCUUCCAGUGCUCUUUCAGUGUUUCUUUCUCUGGCACUGCUUCUUCUCCCCAACUCCUCUCUGUUGGUGUCCCCCAAGGUUCAGUCCUUGGUCCCCUACUGUUCUCCAUCUAUACUGCCUCCUUUGGUAAACUCAUUAGCUCCUUUUGGCUUCCAAUAUCAUUUCUAUGCAGAUGACACGCAAAACUAUCUGAUCUCUCCAUGUCCCUCUUGAUAAGUGUCUCUGACUGCCUCUCUAUUUCUAACUGGAUGGCUGCCCACUUCCAUAAACUCAACUUGACCAAAACUGAAAUUCUGGUCUUUCCUCCCUCAAGUGUUGCUACUCCUGUCUGUCCCCCUCCAAGUCAACAGUGCUACCAUCAGCUCCACCACGCAGGCUCGCUGCCUAGGUGUUUUCUUUGACUCCGACCUCCACGCCUCAUGUUUAGUCUGUCACCAAAUCCUGCCGAUCCAUCUCAAAUAUUGUAUGCAUCCGACCCUACUUCACGCCAGGUGCGACUAAGGUGCUCAUCCAUUCCACUGUCCUUUCUCGUCUUGACUAUUGUAAUUGCUUCCCAGUGGUCUUACGUGCUCCCAACUUGCGCCGUUACAGUCCAUAAUGAAUGCGGCGGCGAGGCUCCUCUUCCUGUCUGCCCGUACCUCCCAUGCCUCACCCUUAUGUCAGUCCCUACAUUGGCUUCCUGUAAGAUAUAGGGCUCAAUUUAAACUUUUGGUUCUUUCUUUCAAAUGUCUACAUAAUGCUGCUCCCAACUAUCCUCCCUAAUACAUAAGUAUGUCCCGUCUAGGCCCUUAUGCUCUGCUGAAGACUUAUGUUUAUCUUCUGUCCAUACUCCCAUCUCUGAUGCUUGCCUUCAAGACUUCUCGAGGGCUGCACCGUUCACUUCCCUCCUCCGUUAAAUGCCCACCCAGUCUUCACUCCUUCAAAAAAAUCCCACUUCUUCUUAAAAUGGUAUCAAUUAAACUGUACAUAGCUCCUGCCUGAUUCCUCUCUUGCAACUGUCACUAGUCUAAUACUAUCCUUACCUUUUAUGUCACUUUACCCCACUCCCUCUAGCAUGUAAGCUCAUUGAGCAGGGCCCUCAACCCCUCUGUUCCUGUGUGUCCAACUUGUCUGGUUACAACUACAUGUUUGUUCGUCCACCUACUGUAAAGCGCUGCGGAAUUUGUUGGCACUAUAUGAAUAAUAACAUAAUAAUUAAACCUUGAAAGUGACCUCAAUCUGUCACAUUUUGUUUGUUUUUAAAUGCUUACAUCCUUUGACAAAUAGUUCUAAAAGGUCUAUAUUUUGUCAUUGAAAUCACUGUGUGAUAUGUUUUGUUCAUAAAUAAUAAAUAAUAAAGGAGGUGUGUGUGUGUGUGUGUCUAUAUAUCUGUAUAUAUCUAUCUAUGUAUAUAUGUAUAUAUAUAUAUAUAUAUAUAUAUAUCUCAAUCUCUCUCUCUCUAUAUAUAUAUCUAUAUAUAUAUAUAUAUAUAUAUAUAUAUCUCUAUCUCUAUCUCUCUAUCAAUUUCUGUAGCGCUGUACAAUUGGAAACUCACAUCUCCGUUAUACUGUAUCCUUUUCAGUGUGAAAUUUUUACUAUGCAGCUACCGUUCCAUGAUGGUAUGUAGGGUCCGUUAUCAAUUUAUAAUGUGACGUAUUCUUUCUUACAGCAUUUACAGCCGAACAAUACCAGCAACAUCAACAGCAACUGGCACUGAUGCAGAAACAGCAGCUUGCUCAGAUUCAUCAGCAGCAGGCGAAUAGUAAUUCCUCUGCCAACGCUGCACAGGUAUAGCAUUUUUACAUGAAAAGGCCUACAGGGAUUGACUAGUCACCAGAAUAACUAGCAUUUAUUGUAAUUGUUCUGGUGUCUAUAGAGUGCCCCUUUUCAGGCUUCACCAGCUAUUUGUGUAUGUACAAACGGGGGUUUGAAAAGAACACAUAAUUUUAAGGGCCAAAUGAGGUGCUUUGUGGGUAGUUUGUUUGUAUUGGAACAUGUUUAUAACUUUGUGUAUUAUUCAAGACUAAGGCUGCAGCUCUUAGGGUUGAAAUCUAUUGCUUACCCCCAAACCUUCUACAAAAAUAUUUGUUGAUCCAUAGAUCUGCUGAUUGAGGCGGCCGUGGAAAUAACCUGACCUACCAAUUGUUCAUAGAAUCUUUCUUGUUUGAACUACUAUCCUGUACUAUUGCAUGCUAUAAGAACAGUAAUUACACUGUAGGGUGCACUCCUCCUAUACAAUCAUUUUAUUCCUUGGCUGGUGUAUGAGCAUGCUUAGCAGUCAUUGGACAUAACAUUCCCAGUGUUGCUGCCCAUUCCAUUCAAAUUCUUCCAUGUUUAGCACAUCAGCAGACAUUGUUUCUUUAAGACAUAAUUUUGCUUUCACCAAGCAUACUCUUGUCAUACACAUUUUCCAUCAGUCACCUGUAUCAAUGUGCCUUAUAACUUACUGGCACAUACUAAAUGGCAAAUUGACAUAUAAAGUUUGCACAAGCUCCAUUAGCCAUGCAUAAAGAACAUAGAACGCACCCAUCCCUGAAACAUAAGCAAGUGCACCAACUCCAGUAAACCUAUUUGAGCUGCUUGAAAAGCAAAGUAAAAUGAUACCUAGUAGGAGCCAUCUACUGCCAAACUAAACUUGCAUGGACAAGUAGGAACUGCAGAGAAAUUAUGGGUCAUUUAGAUUAUCAGUAGAUAUUAAAGGGAUUCUAUAGUGUUUGGAAUACAAAUCUCUAUUCCUAACAUUGAGACCUCUGGUCCCCAACCCCCCCUUGCUGCUCCUGGUCUGACAGGCACUAGAGGCAGGCUUAGUUUUUCAUAAACUGUAUUAAUUUGCAAUGCAUGACAAAGUAGAACCAGAGACACUGCACUCAGACCACUUCUGAGAUUAUGUGGUCUUUGUGCCUAUAGUGUCUCCUUAACUGGUUAACUCAUUAGAGACAAGUUCACCUUUAUAUGCAAUAUCUGCUGGCUAUAACACCAUGUGCAUGUGUACUGGGAGAAAUUAUAGGAUAUAAUACUGAAAGUAAAUAGAAAACAAUACCUCCGUAAGGUUCACUUACUGGUUGACAUAUUAUACGAUGUAGUACUGGGAGAAAAUAAAUAGAAACAUAACAAUACCUCUUUAAUGUUUACUGUCACCAGUAAGUGCUAUUAAUUGUAAUCUGAUCCCCCAUCCUCCACCUCUUGCUCAAUUAAAAAAAAAAAAAUCUAACCUUUUUUUAUUUUUUUUAAUAGGGUUUUGUUUCCAAGACAUUAGAUUCUGCUAGCGCUCAGUUUGCAGUUACAGCUUUGGUGACGUCCGAACAGCUGAUGGCCUUCAAAAUGAAGGAUGACGUGGUCCUUGGAAUUGGAGUGAAUGGCAUCCUUCAAGCCUCAGGUACAGAGACUUCUUUUGGGUUUUAUUAUAUCUCUAAUUAUGUCCCUGAAGCAUAUAAUUCACAUGUAUAUUUACUUUCUUACAGGAGUAUACAAGGGCUUACACCUCAGUAGUAGUAGUAAUACAUCUGCAGCACUCGUACGUACAAGUCAAUCGGCAUCUUCAACAGGUUCAGCCUUGCUACAGCCUUCCAAUAUUACACAAACUGCUAGUUCCCACAGCACUCUGAGUCACCAAGUGACUGCUGCCAAUUCUGCAACAACUCAGGUCCUGAUUGGGAAUAACAUCCGAUUAACUGUACCCUCCUCCGUUGCCACUGUAAACUCUAUCAACACCCUCAAUGCACGCCAUUUACCUAGGACUAUAAGUACUGUUCCUUCAUCUGCCUUAAAACUGGCUGCUGCAGCAGCAAAUUGUCAGGUACCCAAGAUUCCAGCAGCAUCUGCAGUGGAUGCAGUACCAAGGUAAGAUACUUGUCACCUGCACACACACGUAUAUAUUUGGUACAUCCCUACCAGCAAACACUAACAGGAUGUUUUCUGUCAAUCUAAAAGUAUUUUGCAUAUGCCAUUGACACAUGUCUUUCUAACCCUUUAUUCCUCCUGAGAGGAACUGGUAAACUGUUUUAAAAUCGAUAACUUGAGUUGUUUGCUGUAGGCUAUUAGGAAUAGGAAAGGAAGGUCGGUUGAAUGUUGGUCAAGGAAAUAGUUUACAAAUCCAGGAUUGAUUACUGCACUUCAGUAUUUUACUUAAUCACUGAUGUUUGGGAGUUCCAUUCAGAGAAACUACCUGUCCUCAUAAUAUAUAAUACAGGAUCAUGCUCACCCAAAACAAUGCAUUAAAGUGAAUUGUAGUGCACCAAAGUACAGGAAUUUACAAUAUUUUUGCCACAAUGACCAAAGAUCAGUUGUAACCAAAACAUGAACUUAUCAGAGUAAUUCAUUAAAGUGAGAAUUCAAAGUGAAUUUCAAAUUUAAGGUCAAAACUGCCCAGCUGAAAAAUAAAUCCUCUAAGGCAGUUAUAUUUUAAUUUCAGUUACUCAAACCUUAAAACUGAAAUUCAUGUUGAAUUUUCAUUUGAGUGAAUAAUCCUGCUUGUGUAGCAAAGUGUAAACAAAUAUAACGGUGUUCUUUUCAAUGUUGUGGUGGUCACCAGGUAGAUCCCAACCUGUUUUUUUUUUUUUUAACUUUUCAUUGCCAGUGAGCAUCCAAUUUGAGUGCUCAGGAUACAACAAUUUCCUGAUUUUUUUUAUUAUUAAAACCCUCAAACUAGAGACCAUUAAAAAGAAACAAACAUUUUCUGUAUUAAUCCUUUUUAUUUUAUUUUUUUGUGAAAUGUGUUCUUUAAUGAUACAAAAUGCAAACAAUUGAAGGUCAUUUAAUUCUUGCAGGUAUUUAGUUUUUUCUUCUGGUAUUGCAAGGAUUGGUUUUUGUUGUCUCCUGCCAAAAAUGUAUUUUGAACACACAUAUUAACCUGCGAUUUGGUAAACACAUCGUAUGAAUUAAAUAUGACCAGAUAGUGUUGGAAAGUCAAGCACAUGUUGAAAUAUUUCAGUGCUGUGUAGGAGGCUCUUAGUGUUGUGUAAAGCUACACCAUAGUCAAACUGAAUGUUACUUUGCUUUCAGCAACAAAACAAGUUUUUAGAAAAUUGCAUCCUGUCGUUUUUUUGGAAUUGAAAAGACAAACCUUUUAAUGGUGUUUAUCCACUAAACAGUAAAAAUAAUUUAAAACCGAAUUGCAAAUUUCAGGCCAGAAUAGUUUUUAGUAGUUUAAAAAAAAUUCUAUAAUUAUUUGCUUUUAUCACAACUUUGCUUAUGUAUCUUAAAUUUGACAAAUCCAUUUUCAGAUUCACCAUUUAAUAUAUAAACCAUGAUGCUAUAGCCCCGACAAUCUGACAGCCAUCCAACUGAUCUAAAAGAAAAUGUGAUUCAUCGGAGCAGGCAACCAUCUUCCAUUGCUCCAUGGUCCAGUUCUGACGCUCAUGUCCCCGUUGAAGGCGCUUUCGAUGGUGGGCAGGGGUCAUCAUGGGCACUCUGACUGGUCUGCGACUACGCAGCCCCAUAGCAAACUGUGAUGCACUGUGUGUUCUGACACCUUUCUAUCAUGGACCGCAUUCCGUUUUUCAGCAAUUUGAGCUUCAGUAGCUUUUCUGUGUGAUCGGACCAGACGGGCUAGCCACCGCUCCCCACGUGUAUCAGUGAGCUUUGGGCAUCCUUGACCCUGAUGCUGGUACACUGGUUGUCUUAUCUUGCACCACUUUUGGUAGGUACUAACCACUGCAUACCGGGAACAUCCCACAAGACUUGCUGUUUUGGAGAUGCUCUGACCCAGUCGUCUAGCCAUCACUAAUUUGCCAUUGUUAGUCACUUAGAUCUCUGCCUGCCAAUUUUACCUGCUUCCAACACAUGAAAUUCAAGAACUGACUGCUUACAUGCUGCCUAAUAUAUCCCACCCCUUGACAGGAGCCAUUGUAACAAUAUAAUCAAUAUUAUUCACUUCACCUGUCAGUGGUUUUAAUUUGACUGAUCAGCUUACUUCCCAAUGCUGCUCAAUGAGACAUCUUUGCACUGCAGGUGCUUUGGACAGUUGCCUGCAUCUUGAGUUUUGCUUCAGUGAGCUAAAUACCCAGAAGUAACUAGACCGGUUGUCGGACAACUGUACUUUUUGUAAAAUGUGGAAAAGAGGAUGCACUCUUAAAACCUAAGGCACUGAAUCUUUAGUGGUCUGGCACGUCGCCUUAAAUGCACAACAUGGAAUGUGUCUAUUGGAAAGGGUGGUGGGGGGAGGUAUUCAGGAUACAAAUAUGAACAUGUGAUCUGCAUUAUCCAAACAUUCCGUGGCAUGCCUUGUGACAAACAAUUUGCAAUGUAAACCUUUUUCUUUAUAGAUCUAUACAGUGCCUAGACAGAUAUAAUGUAAGCUUGUGUGAGCAGUGAUCUCUUCACAUCUAAAUAUUCCAUUUCUAUAAUCCUAAAGCACUGCAGAAUAUUUUGGCACUACAUAAAUGCCAAUAAUAAAAUGACAUGAAUAGAAUGGGGGGAAAAGACUAUUCAAAGGCAAACAGUGUUGCACAUAGGUAGGAGUGUAGUUUGUUUUGUGUGUUUGCAAUGAUAUUACCUUUUCAGGUAGGCUGUUGCAAUACUAAUUAUGUAUUGUGUAAGCCAUGCAUCAUUUUAAGGUCUAACCUAAUACAGUUACCAAACCGUCCACAUGGUGUCACUGCAGGUAAGCCAGCCAGUAGAAGAAAGUGCCAAAAAAACAACCACAUUAUCAAUGUAUAAAUGGCAGCAGAAAUUUCUACAGUCAUUUUAUGUUUGACAGCAUGAUAUAUAGCUGGCACUAUUUUAUUUUUAAAUUGUCAUUAUCUCAUGCUGAAAAGGGAUCUGCUGCAUUUGCAGUUUGCAUCUUAUGUGGAUCUUAGAACUGUAAAAGAUUAAAAAUGUGUAAGUGUAUGAAAAUUUCAAAAGUAAGUUUAAUGAAAUCGGGUUUUGUGUAGCUCGGUUUUCCAAUUUUUUCCAAACCUGUUUUGGGCUGCAUUUUGAAAUUUGGUUUUCUCUUCACUACAGUUCAUUUUAGCAAGCUGAAGUGCUUUAGGGGUCUGGAGUGUCACUUUAACUUUGGAGGAGGAGGCAAAAGGGCAGAGAGAUGUUUGUCAUUUUAAAAUCUAACUAGCUAGUAAAACCAUAUUCUCAUUCAUGUACAUAAUUGUACAUUUAGGAACUGUAUGUUGUAUACUUUACUCUAUUAAAUUAAAUAUAAUGUACUUUAAUUUUCUUUUCUUUUUUUUUUUUUUUUUUUUUUUGCUUAGGGAAAACCAUGAAACAGAAAAGCCAGCAUUGAACAGUAUAACAGAUAACACAGUAGCAAUGGAGGUGACGUAG